AAACAGAAAUGGCAGGACCUCUCUCUCUCUCUCUCUCUCUCUCUCUCUCCCUCUCUCCCUCGCUCGCUCUCUCGGGCUGCUCCCCCCUCCCCUCUCUCUCUCCCGCCUCCCCCCUCUUUCCACAGAGUGGCAGCGCUGGCAUAGCAUCGUUCAGAAAGCUGGAAACGGUCUGCGGUGCAGUAGUUGCCUGUGCGCACUUCUUUCCCCAGCUCUUACCGGGCCGUUAGAGCCGACAGGCGCGUGGCGACAGGACCCGACUGCACCGACAGGGCGCUUAUUUCUGAAUCAGUUGCAAUAAUUUCAGCUGAAAACGUCAGCCUUUUAUCCCUUCUCUCAGUUUCGGUGGACAGAAGCCCCGUCAUUGUAAAUGAGAGAGUGGAGAUCUGCAGGCAUCCCGGGCACAGCGUGAGAAGAUAAAAAACUACUUGGGGAAAUUAAUAAAGCCGCUGUCCUGUCGCGGGAAGAGACGGGACAUCUGCGCUGUGAAGAGUCGCUCCUGUGCCGUGCAACAGCGCGCGGAGAGCAGCCACAGACUCCGCAGACGCACUUAAAGGGCAGGAGGGAUAAAAGAAGGUGGAGGAUAUUUUACGCACAGCAGCAGCAGCAGCAGCAGCGCUCGGUAGCUGUGAUUGACACGCGGCUACUCACUGGAAGUCUCUCGCUCCGUUUAGGACUCAGCGCAGUCGGAUUUGCACUUGACUAAGUCCACAAACAGCAGCCGGCCGGGAUGGAUUCCUUCAUCAUUGUGGCUCUGGUGGCAGUGUGCUCUCUAACGGCACCAGCCUAUGGGGACAAAGGGACCAGCAAAGCCAGGAGUUGUUCGGAUAUCAGGCAGUUUUAUACCGGGAAAGGAUUCCCUCUGGAAGGAGUCCCUCAGUCUGAAAUAUCAGGUGAGCUUCUUUAAAUAUCCAGUUAAAGAAAAGUUUGCUGUUUGCUCUUUUGUCACAAAAUCUGAUCUUAACCCCUGAACCCAGAUUCCCUUGAAGGAUAAUUUAGCUAUCCAAACACUUGCCUGCUGUAAUUGUUUAAGACAUGAUGUGUUAAACACACUGUGGGGUAUCAUACAGUUGCUAUGAACUCAUUGCCACUGAGAACCAUAAUCCCUCUGCAAGUCCCCCCUAGGAAUGUAGUCUAUUUUGGGUCCAAAGUUGCACCUGCAGGAGCACCAUUUUCUCUAUGUGUUGGUGUGCAGAUCUGACAUAUCCUGCGUGAUCCUAAAAUGAAUGGCUGUAGGUUGUGCACUCAAUGCAGUUCGCACACAUUGCUGCAGGACAUGGACUUAAAAAUAAAACCGCAAGCUUAAAAUGUAACAUGUUUGUAGUUUGUUUUGGUUUCAAGGGGGAAGCGAACCCAGUUUCUAUCUUUAUACCUCCCAAACCUGUUGUCACACUUAUUUCAUGUCCCAUGGUGACGCUGAGGAGCUGUAGCUCUAGGCUAUCUCUCUGGAUGAAACACAGCUUUGAAAAGAUUUUAACACAGUAGUACAGACAUGUCUCAGACAAUCUGCCUGUUUGAUCUCUGAUAAAAAAAAGUAGAAGAAACUCCUUUGAAAAUGUUCCCACAGUUGACAUUUUGUUGAAACGCAGUUGCAGGAUCAGCACCUCUCAGUUUUCCUCUCACUCCAAACUAAGCUGCUCCUCCUGAAGACACUCCCUGAUCUUUCAUCUUUUUUCAGCUGUCUGGUGUUUGUGUGGGGGAAUUCUUCCUUAUAAAUUACCAGCCAGUCACUUGACCAUGUGCUGCAGCAACGCAAAUACGCUGUUGCUCACUGUGUCAUUCAUGGUCUGAUGUCAGACAGUCAUGAGCCCCUCUACAGCCCAGAUGAUUACAUGUGUGCCUUCCCUGGAAUUUGCUUUGGCAUACAUGAACACACACAUAAACACACACACCUACGCACAAAUACACACACGCACACACAUACAGUUUACUGCAUUUUCAGGUUCUACAGUUACAGUACGGUACAUGCAUAGACAAGACGGGAGACUGAGUGUGUGUGCUUACACAACAACUUUCCAGUGCGCAGAUUCUGAGAAAUAUAACUCAGUUCUGUAAAUCAUAUUUUUUUAAAGAGAGAUUUAUGAAAAUAAACGCAGAGAGCCUAUAUCUAAAGUGAAUCAAGGCCUUUCACAAGCAAGAAAUUAGCAUAAAUGUUUGCCUUGUACUCGAGAUUUUUCUUCUUUAUGGUUUUUCCCGUAACCCUGCUGCAAUUCCUCCCAAUCUGAUAACACUCCCUUUCUUCAAGCUGCCCCUCGAGACUCAGCGUCACUCACCUUUGCUAUGUCGUCCAAUUCAUUUUGCACAGAGUGCUACACAACUCUGACAGCAGAUAAACUCUCCUUCCCUGUGUAGGCAGUAAUGUUUGUCCAUUAGUACAGGCCUGAAUGCUGCAAGGGUGACUUUCUACAAUGUUCACCUAAAGGUCACACAUUCUGGAUGAUCCCAAAGUGGCUACUGCUCUAUUUCCCGAUAGCAUAGAUGGCAGAAAGUGCAUUUUGUCUUGGGAGAAAUACUUUUUUUAUGUACUGAAGGGUCUACUUUUCCCCCUUUAGAUGUCAGGUAUUUCCUCGUUACUCAUCUUAAGUUUUUAUCCUCCCAGAGCUGCAACUUUGAUGCCUUAUAGGAGCUUUAACCCUGUUUCUUUGAGGGACAUGGUAUCUAAAAAAACAGCUUCAGAUCUUACCCGGUGAUUGCACUUAUCAGAGAGACUAUUAACUUUGAGGGUGGGGCAGCAGUGCAAUAGAAGUGUAAGCUGAUGUCGUCACACUGUACAUCAAAAAAACAAUGAGGGUGAAGAAGUAACUGGACACUUCUUGAAUUGAUUGACCACACCGAAUAAAUCACUUGACAGAAUUAACGCCAGCCUCACUAUCUAAGAAAUCCCCUUUUCUCCUAAAACGUCUGUAAUCCAUAAUGUGUUAAAGAGCAGAUCUGUCUUGUCAUGACACUAGCUAUCCCUCUUGUUUUAAUCAAUGAUGAGGAGCUUACUUAAGUCUGGGGUCAAUGUAUUCUUAGUUAGAACAAAAAAUAAGGGAGUGAGACAGACACUAAGGACCGGGAGGAGAUAGAUAGAGGACUGAGAGAAGUAGAGUGACAGUGAGAGAAGAAGGGAGAUUUGGCUUUGGCAAUAUUUCUCCUUGUGCCCCCACCUCUUAGCUUUGAAAGCAUAAAUAACCACUCAUCUGCUCAAGCCUGACACAUCAGUAAAAUAUGCAAGCUUUAAUUCACAUUUCCAAGUUAUAAGACACCUGAAUGUUCAUCUUGGAUCAUCUCUGACAUUUGCAGCAGGAUAUUUCCUGCUAUGACACCAGGGCCUGAUCAACCAAAUGUAUUAUUGGCUUGGCCUGACUCAAGGUCACAUGGUGAGUACAUCAUCCCUGAGUCAGUCUGGGGACAGACAAUGAGGCACAACUGCAUCCAAACUCUGAGAAUGAUGUCCUCGCAGCACUUUUCAAAUCCUUUUCAAUGCUGCAGCCCAAUUUACGAGAUAAAACUCCCUGGCACACAAUGUGUAGCGAAUGAGCUUCAGAAGUCAAUAUUAAACUUCAUUUUUAGAUCCAGAGAACUUGAAGAAUCAAACACAGAGGCAUAUGCAAAUAAAGCCCUAGCAUAGUAUGAAAAAAGAGUUUAAAAAAAGAGUUUUCUUCAGCUGAUGUUAUUUGAGUCUUAAAUUAAAUUCCAGGAGUUUGAUUAAAAUUGUGCUCUUAUUCUGUGCCUCUGUUUUUCACAAUUACAUCCAAGAGUUUCAGUUCUGCCGAGGUAUAAUAAUCAGAAAUUCCCUAUCCUCUGAACUCAAUCUCAAACUUCAUCACAGAUUUACAGAACUUUUUAAAUCAAACACGGAGGUAGAAGCAAAUAAAGCCACAGGAACAAGCAGCCUUUGGUUUUGAAAGAUGACGCCUGUGCAGAAGUAGAAAAAAAAAAACUGCAGUUGCCCAACCAAGCAGAUUAAAACAUUUUUUUUUAUAUCUGAAAGCAGGAUUAAACAAGCUACAAAAGAUGUUUUAAAACUUUACACCUCAUUACAAUUAUUGUAGCAACUAUAUAGGGGAUGAUAUUGUUGUAUCUGUUUUGAUAGUAUCAAAGUCAAGAGGUAUGCAUAUUUUGGUUUCAGUAGGGGUGUGGUUGAUUUAACUGACAGGCUAGCAGGUUGUAGUUAUUUGCCAGGAUUAGGAUCAUGGUCUCAGUUCUACCUCUGCUGGUCUCUGAAGUAGUAAGUUGAGAAAAGCAAUUAGGAUAUGGUGACUGUAGUAUUCAGACUUCAUAGUGCCUCUUCCAUGGGUUACAUCUGUAAGCCUGUGCCUUAUUUGUGAUGCAUAUGGCCAGCAAAAUCUGAGAGAGCUUUUUUAGAGUGUUAGUCUGAGCUAAUAGGAUUUUUUUCUCAUUUAAAGCCCAAGAUUUUUUUCCCAAAAGAUAUGAGUUCAUCUUCUCUGCCUUUGUUUCCUUCAUUUGCUCUAUAUAUUUGGAUUUAUGAGGUACAAAAGCCAGAGAAUUUCCAGUCCUCUGAACUCAAAACUCAGGUUUUUUAGAUCAACAAAACUACUGAGAUCAAACACAAAGACAUAUACAAAUGAAUCACUUCAUGAAAACACUGUUUAAAAAUAGCUUAGCUAAUAUGAUUUGUUUUUAUUUUAACUCCAAGUUUGUUUUUCAGAGAAAUUAGCUCUUAUUCUAAAGCUCUGUUCUUUCAUUUAUGUUUGUAAAGUUACUGAAUUUAUGAGGUUAUAAACUAAGUUAUUUCUAACAGUACCAUCCCUGAGCACAGCCCCUGUUUGAUUAUGUUCAGUCAGCGGUGAAAGAAGAUUCCUAGAUACUGUUCUCACAUCGAUACGCCUCAUAUAACAACUUGGAUAGUUCCCCUUUCUUAAGCAAUUUGCCCUGGAGAAAAGGCACGCUUAAGAAAAGCUCUUGAGCUAAGGGUGAGCUGUUUCGUAUCAUUGUGCUGAGGUGGUGUUUACUGGACCUUGAGAGUCGUAUCACUUCAGCAGAAAUGAAAAGCGAUGGCCUGUAAGCAAUCACGUCAACUGAUUGAUGCUUUUAAAAUGAGUAAGAUGGUGCUUGUUUAACUCCUGCGAGUGAUAUCAGAUUUGGAAACAGCCUUUUAGGUCGCUGUUUACCAAAAACGGAUGAUUGAUUUUUAUGAUGCUCAUCUGUCUCUUCCUCAUGCUGCCCCCUCCCUGCCCCACCCCAUCAUUACAGCCCGGAUGACUUAUCUUUUUGUCUUUCAGGGGAUGACAUCCUUCAUCUCUCUGUUUCUCUCUCUCUCCCUUUCGUUGGCCCUCAAAGAAAGAGGCACCAGACGCCCUUUGAAAGCAGCUGGCAGCCAAUCAGUGUUAGAUGUACAAUGUCACAUAAGCCUACACAAAGAGACAAGCUGCAUGAGACAUCUGCAGGAAGGCUACUAAUGUUUUUCUAUAGCACUGGCUUUCCCGUGCUGUAUUUGUGUUUUUGUUGAUUACCGGUUGCUACAGGCUGACUGUGAGUCAAGUGUCAGCUCUAAGCAGUGUGUGGCUAAUGAUACAGCAGGUCUGCUGCUCACCAGGCCUGCAUGCUAAAAGCUGAUGUUUACUAAAGACAGACUUGCGGCUGGAAACAUGGGCUGAUCUGUUUGGUAACCCACAGUGAUGAUUAUGUCAAUGUUUUAACCCGUCAUCCUGACUGAGAAUUUGGGUUUAAAGCUGAAAAUGUGUAAAUAGUUACAGUGUUGUAGCUAAAAUUGAGCAAGAGCUUCUCGUACAGCGCCGGAAAUUGCCAACUCCCUCGCCUUUUUUACUAAGUAUAGUGAUGGGAUGAUGGCUGCUGGAGUGUUUUUUCCUCUACUCCUCCCUCGUGUGGGGAUAUGGGUGUUGAGUUAACGACAUGGUUAGACUUCAUUGGCCCCGCCUGUUAGCAUCAGAGUUGUUUGCCAUUUAAACAAGCUAAUAAUCAUUUUAUCAUUGUAGGCCACGUGUCGGAGCUGCCACUAGUCAGGUCUGUAGCUGUGUUAAUAGUGAUUGCUAUAAUGCUAUAAUGCUGUAGCAUCCCAUAUUUACACAUUAUAGGUUUGAGUAAAACUUUUUUUUUCUGAGUUUUUUCUUAUCUUUAGGCUAGACAGCUUCUUUAAACUUCAAUUUUUGUUUCAACAAGUAUAAAAUUUGUGGCUCUGGAACAACCCCAAGGCAGACUCAUAUUAAAUUCAGACAGGAAUCUAUAAACAAGACAAAAAAUAUAGCAAGCAAGCUAGGCAUGUGUUGAAAUAAAACAAAAACAGCAAACACAACACCAUAUAAAAAUAUUUUCUUUAUUGAAGUGCAGAGACUUCAAAAAUUUGCAUGGCGCGCGGCUAAUUUCACCAUCCCCACUGACCAAACUCAUAUAAAACUUAUUUAUUUCCUUACAGGCUUAUGUCUUCCAAGGUUGUUUAAUGUACAAGUAUUUCAACCCACCUACUGUCUCAUGGCAUAUAAUGUGUUGACAUGGCAACAGCAUGAGCCACAUAGUAAGCUCCUAAAAGUAAAAGAAACUGAACGGCAAUUUAAAAGAACCAUUCUUCCAUGGAUGUGCUUACAGCAUUUUUUUACUUACCUUCAGUUGCUUGAAAUCCCUUAGACCUGUCCAUCAGACUGUUUGACCUGAGGUGGUACCUCAUUAUUGUCCACCAAGGCUAUGACUGUACUCUCAUGCCUUCUCUAGUUGUUGAAAAUAUCUGUUCGAGAUGUAAUCAUUUAUUGACCAAUCUUUUAUUGAUCAAAUUCAAUACUUAAGCAUGUUGCAGUUAUCAUUUAUUAGAUAAUAGAUCCUUUGCCAAGUGUCCCAAAUUGAACUUUACUCCAGCAGGGGGUGUAAAGACUUAAAGCUCCUGUACAGAACUUCCAGUUUCUGUUGGUUUUGGUGCCCCCUGUGGUCAAAAGUAGUACUUCUUUUAGUGUAGGUAAUGAUGUCCAACAAUAACCUUGAACUACUGUCAAGGCUAUGACUCACUUUGAAUGUUUCUCAGUUAUUUUAUGUGAGACCUACCUCUUCACAGGAGUUACAGGCUCUUGUACAGUUAUGGUAUAGAAAUAGUUGGUCACGUCACUGGUGGUUUUGUUUGCUUUUGAAGGUCAUACUGAAGUAUCAACGUUAAUUUUAAUCCAUUACAUAACCAGCUGAAGACUCCAAACAGGAGCUUUAAGUUGAUGUUCUUCAUUCAAAAUCCCCCCAGGGACAUUUUUAACAUUAUUAAAUAGGAUAUGGCGGAGACAGACAGGAAAGAGGGGGAGAAAGAGAUGGGAAGAGGGUGUGUAUGCAAAAGAUAUAUAUAUAUAUAUGUAAAUGCAGACAAAAGGAUUUAUCAGCACAUUAAAAUAUUCAUCAUUUGUGCUAGAAAAUUUUAAAAUUAAAAAUCAAAACUUUUAUUACAUCUCCAACUGAUACAUCCAACACAAUGUAAAAUACAUACAGAAAAACUAAAUGUUCUCUCUAAAAAAAAGAACGUUCAUAUCAAUUAAUUGCUCUGUAAAUGAGUCACUGUGUCUUUAAUAAUAGUAGCUUGUUAUGUACAACAAAAUUAGUGGUUUAUUUAUAGCAGUACAAUAUAAUUGAACCUCAGGAAGUACAACCGUAAUACAAAGCAAUUCCUGUAGAUAUGAAGUAAUAAAACCAGAUACAGAGCAAACUUAGCCAUUAGAAGUAAACACUGCUUGUGUGAUUGUGUGUUGGGAUAAACCGGCAGUGUUGUCAUUGUGUCCACUUUGGACAGUGGCCUUAUCUCAUCUCAUUAAUAUCCCCGCUGAUAUGCUGUUGUUCCUCUCCAUAUUGUGGAUAACUAAUUGGUGGAGCUGAAUUACAUAUUGCCGCCAUGUGAAUGGAAGCCAUUAACUGACUUGGAGAUAAGAGAGCCGAGGCUUAUUUGAAGGUUAAUGUCAGCAUAAAGCCUCUGUGCAUCUGUCGGCCUUCCUCUGCGCACAGAUUAAAGCAAAAGCAACAGUUGUUUCCGUAUCACAGAGUGCAGGCUUCAUGACUGGGCUGCAGUUUAAAGUGUGUGUGGAUCCCUGCUGCAGCUCUGGGCUCCUGCCUGUGCCUGUCCAUGUGCAACUGUGUGUAUGUGUGUGUGCAUGCAUCUGUGUGUAUGUUUUCCUAGCGAAUGAAUAUGCUGAAGUUGUUAAAAUGCUGAAGUCAGUAAGAAGCCUCUUGAAGCAUUAAGCCAUAAUGGGCUGCAGGGAGCAUGAAACAGACCACAAUGUGUUUGAUGUUCACCAGAGAGGGAGAGGGAGAAGGAGAGAGAGAAAAGAGAGCAGGGCUGAUGGACUGUUGACUGUGACGUGGGCUGCCCUGGUGUGCUUGCUUUUGCCAGUCCCUGCUCCGCCCUGUGACCAGCUAUGAGCAGGAAAAGCAGCGCAAAUAGACGGAGAGAAAAGAUAGAGUUAAAAGCAAAUCGCUUCUUUGAAAAAAACGUGUUCUGUGCCGCAUUUCCUUAUGUAAUUGUUUUCACUCUCAGGCCUGUGAGAAACAUGAAAAUCUGGAGGACAGUCUGUCCAAACAUGUUAUGCUGCACUGAACUCUGGGUAGUGUGGGAACGAGGAUGGAGAAACCUUUUUGCAGUUUGCACGCAUAUAACCUGUUUUUCUAGUAAAGCUUAAACCAUGAAGCAGUUGCGUUAAAACCGACUCAGUAUAAGCUCUUAUAAACAAAAGAGUUGCAAUUUUCUGUUCUAUUUCCAUUUAACAACACAAGUCAAACGCACUUUGACUCAUUUUUGGACGGGAUUUGAAAAAUAUUUCACCCUUCUCAGUCCUAUUUCCUGUGACUAAUUUUAGAAAAUGACUCUGACAAGUUCCCCCUGUGUAAAAGGUAAAAGAAAUCCAGGUCCAGAGAGCCUGAUAAAGGCUUUUUUCAAUAUAAUGCACUGACUUCACAAGCCUCAGCUGCCUCCUCUUGGACCAGCAUGCAUUUCAGCUGCUGCCUCUCCUCUUUUUUUCUAGUCUUAUGCUCCACAUGUCUUUAGUUCUCUGUCACUCGAGAGUAAGAUUUGACACGCACAAUCCCCCCCUUAAGCGCACACACAUUAACACACGCACAGAUGACAGUGUAGGGCAGUCAUUACUGUGUGCGUGUGUGUGUGUCAAAGGGUGCUUGUGUGGUGUGUAUUGUUCCUCGGAGGGCUGCAGUUUGUUGGUGUAUGACUCCUCUUUUGUCUUCACAGGAACCGGCAGUGUCAAAAGGAGAAUUAUUCCUUCAUCACUGCAAGCCCCUUCACUGUCUCCAGCCUUGUGUGUGUGUGUGUGUGUGUGUGGGAUGCAAAUGUGUGUGCUUGUGCCUGAAUGUGUAUGUGCGAAUGAGAGAGGAUUCAUUUGUGUGUUCAACAGAUGUGCAAUGACUUCCAAAGCCAAAGCAGGAAUGAUUUUAAACCACUUCCUUCCCAUUUGCUGUCAUUAUGUGCCGAGUCUGUGUGCGUGUUUGUGUGUCUGUGCCCUUUUUCAUCAGUUAUGUAAAUGUGUGUGUUGUGGCUCCCGUCCCCUCCAGCAGCAGGGAUUCUGUAGACUAGGUGAGUAUUUGAAGUGACAAGAAACUGGCUUCGGCUCACAGCGGGGCUCCAGCUAGCUUUCCUCUCGCUCCCCCCCUCACCCCCCCUACUGUUUGACAGAUGGUACAGACCCAAACCGGGACGCCCACUAUUAAGUGAGGGCACGCAGUAUGAAUUUUACAGAGUGGCACGCCCUAUACCGGCAUACGCAUACACACAUACACACACACAGUGCAGACUGUCUGCAGCUGUGGAUCGGAGUAUUUGUGGCACUAUGGCAACAGAUUCAGUGGGCAGGAACGGACAAAUAAACACAUUUGGGGCUUGUGUAGAUUUUAUGGAUUUUGAUUCUGAUUGGUUAGUCGUGUUCAUGUUAACACAGCCACUAAUUUAUGGGUAUACUUAGGGAAUUUUGCAGGAUUUUCUCAUAGAAUACAGUUGAUAGCCUUUUUUUUUCUCCAUACAUAAAAAACUGCUCUCGUCUUACGUGUAUUGAUUCUGAUGGUUUCAUAGGAGUACACUGAUUUUUUUAAAAUCAAAUUUGGCACGGUGAGAAGUUUUUAACAGCUUGAGGAACAGACUGAAACUGAUACCGAUGCCUCUUAAUGUCCUUCAAAAGCAAACAAGACCAUCAGCAACAAGUUUGAUGAUUCUCAGUGGUGAUUUUUAAUGUAUGAAACUGCUGCGAGGCAUAAAUAUCAAACCGGAAGAUUGACAGCAGGCUAAAAAAAAAAAGACUUCUUACACAGCAGAUACUCACAUUGAGUGAUACAUUUACAUUUACAAGACAACAAAAUGAAAAUUUUUGUCUGAAUGCACUCUUUUCACUUUUACAGGACAAUAAAUAAAAGGUACAACUUUGUCAACAGGGGGCGCCAAAAUCAACCCUAAACAAAAGUUCCUCACAGCAGCUUUAAUCACCUCUCAGUUGAGCCAUGAAUUUUACAUAUUACAAUUUCAGCAAGCACUUUAAGUCAAAUCUGUAAUACUGUUAAGAACGAUGUUUGCUGCUUUGUUAAAAGAUAAAUCGGAAACUGAGCUCUGGACUAUGAGACAAAGUAUAAGAUAAUAAGACAUUAUCUUGAAGACAACACAAACGCAGUGGACAUGUUUUAUUGUCCUCAACCAUUUUAUAAACUGAUAUACAAUCUAUAAAUGAAAUAUUGAGCAUAAUUAUCAUUACUCCCAGCCACUGUUACUGAAAAGUAAAAAAAAUAGAUGUAUGUUCGGACUAAAAUGAAGCUCAUCACAUUACUUAUUUAAAUUUAUUUACAGCGCUAAACGCAAACAAAAAAAUGUUUAAUUUACCAUCAUGGAGAUUAAGGAACACAACAAAACAUGAAAACAAGUUAAUUUAAUGCUAACACAGUAAUUAUUUAAUUCUUCAUUCUGCCUCUCAAUGAACUUUUUCCCUCUGAUUUAUACUUUUACCAAUUUUAACGGCUCUUGUGACCCUUAGCUGCACUUUUUAGACCGCCCUCCCUUUUCUGAUCCAGCUCUCAUACCUGAAAUAAUUGCCAAGAUAGAUGGAUAUUCUCUUGAUGCCGACAGCCUUCAGUCUCUUAUCUCUGAAAUGCAUAGAAAACUAGGAAAUAGGAAUUGAAGAGAUGAGAGAUUGCUCCUAUGUAUAAAAAGAUUGGAGCAGAUGAUAAAAUCAGGAAGAUGUCGUCUAAAUGUUGAACGCUCCGAAAUGUGUCCAGCACCUUUCUGCUCCAGCUCCUGGCGCAGACAAUACAGAUUUAAUAAAGAUAGGACACACAGGAGCAGCAGUACACACCUCCCCUCUCCUCAACUACACACUUUCCUUUGAUAAGCAAUCAUUUCUGCUCUGCUCUGUUCAACAGUGGCCCUUUUCUUCCACACGGAGGUUGUUAUUAAAGGCACUACAUCCGCAGAAUAAAACAGUGCAGAGGUAGCCGCGCAGAUGCUGGACCGCAGGUUAUCAAGUUUUCUGUCAGCGUUUGUGCUUCGGCAGAUAUCCCAGGUGUUCCCAAGCUUGCGAAUCUCAUCUCUGUCUCUACUUUCCCCACAUCUCCCGAAAGUAGACAAUAUAAUUCUCCACAAUCCUUUUUAUGCGUGCUUUCAAACUUCCCAGUAUACAAUUUUCUUUUUGUCUCUAUCAAAUCUGUUCACUGACAGUUUUUUUUUUUUUUUUCAAUUCUUCAUUUUGGAGGAAUUUAUUUUAAAGCAGCUCAAGGCAAACGGCUCAACACAAUAGCCUUGUUUUGCAGUAUUGUCACUCACCGUCUAUAAUUUCCUGGAGAUUUCCUCUAAUCGAGAUAAACUGUUUCACACUAGUUUCCAUUAUCGUAAUUAUUUUCUCCCCCCUUCACUCUUCCUCUCUCUCUCUCUAAGUCCUUUCUGCCCUCAAGGCUUUAUCUCUCUCAUUCCUCCUCUAUCUAGCCCUGCAGAGGAAGUUGGAGAUUCAUUUAUUUUUCAUGUGGAAUUUACUGCAUGCUCACAGUUGCUCUCAGAAGGGGUUGUUAGUUUGUUUUCAGCUACUUAUCUGGGAUUUUUAUGACUUCAUAUCUGUGAUCUUAUUUUACCAUGCAUUUUAUGAUCAGCGCAUUAAAGCCAUGUGUUUUGAUUCUCAACACUUUAUUGGGCUACACAUGAUUGCAAACAAGGAAUCCUCUUCCCCUCGGGUUCGAUGUGUUGGAAUAAGCUAAACUGAUUCUUAAAGUGUUCUCUUUUUAAAGCCAGUGAUGUGAGGAUUCAGUAAAAAAAUCAAAUUCUGUAUUGCUUUACUUUUACUUCAAAAUGCUCCUGUGGGAAUCUAUUUUCCCACACUCACUUUAACUGUCCCCCAACUUCCUUUCCUCCUACUUUGAAUGUAAUUACAGUGAAAUCUGUGUUUUGUUUUAUUGGCUUCCUGGAGGCCUAGCACACACUGUUUUUCCAGGCUUUGGUUCUCUGUGAUCCCUCUGCAUGUCUCUCUCCCCAUCUGGUACAUUUUUGGGAUCUCCGCUGUAUAAUUGGCAUGAACUGCUGCACAACCGUCGCCCCAUAACAUUAGUUCUUCUAGAAACCAGAAUACACAACUGGGGUGUUGCUCUCGUAGUCCCUUCAUAUCGCCUUCUCUCUCGAUGUCCACUCCAGCUUCGAUCUCCUAUUCAAUUUUUGUGCUUCCUCUGCACAUUUUUCUGUAAUUAGAUAGUUACAUCUGGUUUUAUGUGACUCUAUUCCUCAAGUGUUAUUUGUGGCCAAGGAAAGCCCCGGGUAUUUCAUAGUGGUUUGCUUAUUCGGCUUGACCAUGCUCGGCUAUUUAGAUCCCAAGGUAGAGACUGAAGACGUAGCAGCAGGAACGACCAGAGGAUUACUGAGGCUUUAUUAGAAGAGGCGUGCAUAAAGAAAACUCAUAAUUACAGAGGGGAGGUUUGUAAUCACUGUCAAUUGUCAUCCCGUUUGCUGCUACAGGAUCAGCUCUUUAUGACUAAAUCCUUUUUCUUGUAUGCACCCCCUUCUGUCUGUCUUGCCGCCUUCUAGCACUAAUGCUAGUCUAUUUUUCAUGUGUCCUGAUUUCGAGGGAGAGUCAGAGAAACCAUUUUUAGCUAUCACCUCAAUACACACUGUCUAUGGCAUCAUAUUCCCCCGAUGCACCUGACACUGUUUGCACUAAUGGAACUAGUCUCCACCUUAAAAAAAGGGGGAUAUAUAGUAAAAAAAAACAAAACUGAAAACUGUAAAAACUACAGUGUACUACAAAUGUAUGAGAUAAAGAGUUCAUGUGUAAAACUCACUGCGAAUUUAGAUCUGCAUUCACACUGUUUAUAUUUAAGAGCUCAGGUGUUCUUACUGAAGAACAAACACCUUUGCCCCCCUUCUUCACAUCCUCCGGGGUGCGGAUGGCAAACAGCGAGCUAAUGAACUUGAAAUGACAAUGACUUAUUUAGCUUGCAUUUCUUCUGCUCAGCUGUAACAGAGGGCGUUUCGGUUGGGCCCACUCGUCAUCGUCUCAUUCGUCUCGUUAUUCGCUCUCCCUCCAUCCCUCCCUCCCUCACUAUUUUCAUCUCUUCCUCCUCCUCCCCUGCAGAGUCUUCUCUCAUAAAUAUUUUACAUCUUCUAAAAAGAACUCUGUCAACCCACGCUCGGUGCAUGGCUGGCUGCCUUGUGUGUUUGUAAUGCGUAUAAUGUGAGUGUGGGGUACUUUUCAGUGUGUAUUAAACAUAUGCUGUGCAAAAAUCCGAGUGUGUGCUGCAUAACCCUAAUGUGCAGCUCUGCUUGCGUAUUUUCAUCAGUGUGCGCACACAUAAUGAUUUCAGUGCACCAGACAAGGUGACUAAGAACAUGUUAUUAAAAGCAUUGACACGCUGGCAUAUAGAACAUCGUAUACAUGCUGUGAUCUGCUGAGCUGUAUGCCAAUCAAUGGUGACUAUAAUCAUAAUUAAUUUCACUGAAAUAUACGGACACUGAGUGCCUCCUCCAAGGUCAGCGUGGAGGUAGCUGUUGAGGAAAGCUUUAAUCACAGGGUUUUUGUUUUAUGUGCUUUUCUGAACCUAUCUGAAACCUACAAUCAGAGACCUGCUGGCCAAAUGUUACUGCAGUAACCUCUAGCUCUCUGCACACAACAGAGAGUGCAAACACAGAGGGUGGUUUUUAAGGCAGAGCAUGUGCCCACCUACCUCCAAAGUGUUUCUCAAUGUGGCUGCAAAUGCACAAGGUGAAACGUUCAGUGCAGCAUCUGUAAGCUGUCAAACUAGCAUAAGCUCAUGACUGAGUUUGGAUGCUUCAAAAUGUUGAUCUUGUGAUUUCAGUGUUGUUUACAACAUGACAUUGACCAAGUUAUGUGUCUGUACGUGUCUUUAGACCAGCCUGGAUUAAACACAAAGCUUUUUACUUUAAGUGUGAGAUGGAGGUUUAAUUUUCUCACCCCUUAUUUCAUCCAUUCUUUGUUUUCUUUUGUCUUGCUUGAUUUUUAUUGAACCACAGAAUAUUUCAUGUACUCUUAUUGCCCCCCCUGCCAGAAACCCAAAGUACUUGGCUCCACUCUUUUUUGUAUUGUUUCGUAUUGAAUUAUACCACACAAUGGCAUGUUCAGUUUUAAUCUUGCAUCUGUUUGUGUUUAUGUUUAUGUCUUCUGAGAAUCUUGCGUCGAGCAUGUACAACAUCACACUAAAUCCUUUUCCCUCUACAUCUUUAGCGGAAGCAGUGGCGCCUCUGCUGCUCCACUAUUCCUCUCCUGGGCAUCCCUGUUCCCUUCACCCCUCUUUCCCAGCAGCCUCAGCUGCAGCCCAGGGGCCCAGGGCAUCACUCAGUCAAAUUGAAUCACAAAUCCUGUUGGGCAGAGGAGACUGUGAGGCUCAGGAUGAAUGGCUCUGGUGUGUCAUGUGAUGUCUGCUGAUGAAUGGCCACGGCCUGGAGGACAGGGUGGCCUGAACCAGGGAAACAGGGCCCAGUCAGUGCGGGUAUUUUUGCAGGAUUUCAGUUGUUGACCCUCAGUAGAAGUUUAAGGUAUCUCAUCAUGUAGCACUUACAGAUGAUCUCCUCCAUUAAAUAGAGCCCAAAGUGUAAAGUAUGUUUUUUUUUGGGUUGUUGUUGAAAGUUCAGUUAGUUGGUAGGAGUAACAACAACCUACUUCCUCUGUUUUGGUGCAGGAAAAUGUAUCCCUCUUUGAAAUGUGUUUGGGACGCUGAAGUAGGAGCGUCAAGGCUUUGAUGUUCCGUAUUGGGGUGUUUUGAUGAGAGAGUUGUGCAUACACACACACACACACACACACACUGUGAUGAGCUCUCACUGUAACAGCCCCUCUCUUCUUCUUAAACCUCCCGUCCUUCUUUUUCCAAGCACUGAGUGUUUGAGAUACGAGUAGAGAAUUGAGACUUUGUUCCUUUCCUCCCCUCUUAUCGUCCUCUUUUCCUUCAAGCUUUUUCUCACUCUCUCCAGCCUUUUUCACCUUCUCUCAGUCCCUUUGCAUCCCUUCACAUCUUUCUUGGCUUAGUUCCCUUGAAGAAGCACAGCUGUGGCACUCAUCGCAAAGACCCCUCACUUUUUUUUUUUUUUUCUUGUGUUCUUGUAUAAAUUGGCGGCCUGUCGUUCUCAGGCUCUGUGCCUGUUGAUUUUGGGUGACGUCAGUUACUGUUUAUGCCUCGGACACAGAGCUGAUUCUGCUGUUUUCUUGGACUGCUUUAGCUCAGGACAUUCAGCCUGUGUGUGUGUGUGUGUAUUUGUGUGCUUAUCCAUGUUUAUCCCUAACAGGACCCCUCCCUCGGUUUUGUAUAACUGACCUGAUCAUGACCAAACUCUUAUUGAUGGAGGCGUGUGCAUGUUAGACGAGUGAUGGAUCAGUAUUUGCACUAAUGUGAGCUUUUAGUGACAUUACUGAAGUUGUAAUUGUUUGUUUUGGAUCACAACCAAUACUGCUUUAUCACCAGACACCAGACUAAAACCUGAUAAUCACGGUAGGGAUGGGCGAUAAAUUAUCGUUCAUGAUUUAUUGUCAGAAAAAUCCCCCACGAUAAUUAUUUGCCAUCUCAUGAUAAAUGUUAACGCAAGUUGAUGACGUAAGCUCACAGCCGUAACCCACACAGAGCAAAAUAACAAACAAACAUGGCCGAAUAUGGCGAAGAUUGGGGCCCAGACAAGUGCAAUCUGAUAUGCCUGACAUCAGACAGUGGAUCUGUUGCUGUUCACUCUGUGCAAAGAGAGUUUUGAAUAAAUAUUGAAAGUGUUUCUACAUUUCAGGCUUGUUAGAUGUCUACAUAAUUAGUUCGUUUUCUACAUAACCUACAACUUAAACUUGUGGUUACUGUUAUAGAUUGGAAUUAUUAUGUUUUCUAUUGGGACAAAAUUUAUCAUAAUAAAUUUUUGAGCCCAUAUCGCCCAUCUCCAAAUCACAGUGAGUUUGUUGCUGGGUAAUAAGGGAGAUCAUGUAUAGUAAGCAUGCAUAUUAAGAUCCUUUCAGGCUGUGAUCUUGUUAGGAUUCUGAUUUGUAUAAUCACCCAUUCACUAUACAUGAUCCUGUUUUUAUAUUGUGUUAUCUCACAUAAAAACACAUUAAAAAACAAUUGAAAAUAGUAGAAAUCUCAUAGGAAAACUCAACUAAAAUACGUUUGUGCAAUCCCUACAAAAAAAUUAACUCCCUGCUAUUGUGAAAUGAACUAAAACUAUUCUGUUUGGGUCUGCAUGAGGUUCAGUUUUAAGUUCAGAUGACCUGCUGAGUUGCACAGUAUAUUGUGGUUUACAUGGGUCGACUUUAAACUAUCAAACACAUGAGUGUGUUGGCCCUCAGUUUCCCAUCGUGAAUACUCUUUGAGCCAGCCUCGCACAGUUACCACUCCAUGCCUGACGGACACAUAAAAUCUCCUUCCAGAAAACAUAUUACUGAGAUUAAGUUUAAUGAGCAGUUAGUCAUGUGUUUUUGAUGCUUUCGGAGAUGGUUUUGUGGUGACUCUUUGUAGCCAAUAUGGGCCGCAUUAAAUGUUUUGUGGUGGUGUGGUAUGCAGAAUGUGAAGCAAAUGUUUUUGGAGCAUUUUGUUAAACACUGAAAUAGUUGGUCACAGAAAUGAUCAGUCAGUUUAAAGAAACAUUUGGAGUGUUGCAAAUGGAAUCUUGUUAAAAGCAUUUACUUGGGUGGAAGUCCCCAACAUGUGCUAAAAACAGACUCUACAGCACGAAGGUCUGCUUGCUUCUCUUCAACUCAAGCUGUUAUAAUUUGCAUAUUAUCUCUCACUUAAGCUUGAAUAAAACUUUAAUGCAAACUCUCAUUAUAAUUGUGCUUUCUCUAAAGUACAACUGAUGGAAAAACUGACUUCUAACAGAUACUGAAUGUGUCUCAGACAGUCCUCCAAGGACAUUGCCCAGUUGCGAAAGGAGAGCACUUCAGCCUUUCUGAUGAGCUACCUUCACUGUCAAGCUGUUCUGCCUCCCUUCCUGCUUUUCACAUCCAGUUACCUUUUUUAAAAGCACUUUACUCUCUUACUCUCAGUUUGCUUCUCCCAAAUAGGCAUGAAAAGUUAUUCUAUGCGGCAGACUACCAUCUCUUCUGUAGCCAAAUGACAUGCAGAGCUUGUUAGAGGAGGCAGCUUUAACUGUUCGAACCCCCUGCCUCCUACAUCUCCCAUUUUGCAAAUCGUAGCUAGGCCCUCUUCUCUCAUGGGAACAAAGUGCUUAAUGCACCAUUAUACUGCUAUAAAUACUCUCGUCCGUGGACCGAGCUCACACUUUCUUUUGUAAUGUGAUUAUUUUUUUAUUCCACCUACUGUCAUGGGCUUUAAGUGUGCUAUUAAUGUCCAUCACUUUUUGAAAAAAAGGGAAAGAGAUGAAGUAGAAAAGAGAGUGAAAAUGGAGUCCUCCUGUUUCAGAUGACGGUUGUUUUCCUGUCCCAUGUGUCUGAUUACUACUAAAGUAAAAUGUAAAUGGACAAUGUGGCUGUUUGUAGUUUUUGUAGCAUUUAGACACAGCAUCCCUGAGCUGUAAGUGUUUUCGCUCCAUUGUGUUUCUCUAAUUGCCCUCAAAGCAAGAGUUUCUUUUGAUUAAUGUACAGAAGCGCAAUAUAUGCAGCACUCUUUCUUUAAAAAAAAACAAUAUCUUUAAUGUGGUUAGGUUAAAGAAAAAUACCAUGUAUUGUGUAAUCACAAGAGCUGAACAGAAGCUGGUGCUUCUGUUGGUGUGACCUGUAAUUGAGAUGCUUUCUUAUAAAUGCAGCUCUUCAUCUUUAUAUGUCACCUUGAAUCAUCAGUAAUCUGUCUUCCUUAGUCUUGAUGAACUGGCAGUGUCCAGUUGCUUUUAUUCUCCUGAAACGAUCGCAGUUUGUGACCCGAAGAGUGGUGCUACUCUGAAAUUGGCUACCACCUCUUAAAGUGCUUUUGUUAAAGGGCUUGUUAAGACCACUUAAGACACAGUCAGUUCAUUUUACGUACUUUAUACCUUAGUCUUGGCAUCCACAUGGCUUCACUUGGAUAGAAAGGGAGGGUGAGGUAAUAUAGGAAUUACAUUAUAAUGUAAACAUAUCUAAUGACAUAGUGUUUCACAGUAAUCCAUAUCCAAGAUAGUGCAGAGAGACAUUGAAAGAAACCUGCUGCACAUAACUUUAAAUGGGGGUAUGGUUGGGUUAUGAGCGUCAUGAGGAAUUGCAAAAAAGUCACUGGGUAACAGAGGUGAUGUGCUAAAAGACCUAGGGCUGGGCGAUAUGGCCUCAAAUCAAUAUCACGAUUUAUUGAGCAGUUCACCUCGAUGACGAUAACUACUCCACAUGCUGCUCACUCCCUUCCACAUUAACUUCGUUACUUCAGCUGCCGCUUGAGCUGCUAAAACUUUUGAACCGUCCUCCAUCUCCUCACCUGUCUUUCCCUCUUUGUUACGGACUGGGUGGGGUGGAGUCACAUCUCUGACGUAGGACAGUGCCUCAAUGGGACCAUAGCCUACCUACACACAUCCAAAACCAACUUAAAAAAAAAAAAAUUGACACGGACUACCGAUGCGUUGGUUAUUAACGUAAAUUUCGGUAUCUGUAAAUUUUCGAUUUAUUGCCCAGCCCUAAAAGGACUUCAUUCUUUCUCUUUCUCUGUUAUUCUUUUUUAAACCCAGCAUAAGGCAAAGAGUCUAGUACCAAGAGGAAGAGUACCACCUUUUAGACUUUCCUCCUUCAGUAGCUGAGGUGCCAAAUGAUGAAUAAACAAAGCAAAAGCAAAAACAACAACAACAAAGAAAGCUGUGGCUCUAUUCUGACCAGUCAGUGUUUACUCCCAUAGAUCCCUAUCUGGGUCUCUGUCUCUUUUAAUUGAGUUCUCUGGGAUUCUCAAACUCACAGUUUGUCCACAAACACAGCUUCAGUCCCCCCCCAGUGUCCCCAUGAAGUCCUGGCGCCGACACCCGUCUGAAGUCCUGUAAAAUAAAUUCACAGCAGGCACAGAGGUGUGUCCUCUAUGGCUCGAAAGUUCAUGAAAAUGAGCGGAACAGCCUGUCCUUAAAAGAUGAAAUUCAAGGCCGUUUUAGUGCCUCUAUGCCCUUGUGGAGAAUAUCCAAAGGUGCAUGUGUCGUCUUGUCCUUUAUACUGUUUCUGCCUUGUUUAGCAAACAGAAUCUGUCAUGGUUUUUAUUGUAUCUGGAGGUGUUCCUGUGCUCUGUAUGUAGCUACUGUAGGUGUGCAUGUGUAUGUGUGAGGAGAAGAUAUCCAUUUUUAUGAGGGGGUCCUUGUAGUAAAACCUGCCUGCAGCACUUGGCUGCAGUAGCUAGUGAUACAGACAUCUGCCCCGGCGGUUAACUGGCGACUUCCCCUGUAGUUAUUAUUGUAGUCUGUAAAGGGAACCUAUCGUGCUGUCUGGAGACAGCCGCCUUAAUAAGACUCUGUCAGGUUCAUGUUCCUUUCUCUGUGUUGAAAGUCCCCCACCCCCCCUCUCUUUUUACCUUUCUAUAUAUGUUUUUCCUUUAGAGAGAAUCUGAGAGGGAACACUGGCUGUAUGCUCUUGCUGCCUCACCAUCUUCAACCUCUUUCUUUCUCAGAUCUAGCCCAAAGCAGUCUUUGAUGUUCAGCAACCUUUCCCUCCAAAGCAUUGCUGCUCUGCUGCAAAAAUUCCCACCCCAUAUCUUUCCCCCUCUCUCUUUUCCUUUUCUCUUUUGCAGGUGAAAAUAAACCUGCCUGUCAUACACCUGAUUUUUCCUCCUGUGACACCAGUGUUCAGGCAGCUGCAAGGUAGCCUAUGUUUUUGCUUGAGCAAAGUAGCAGAGUGUGAAUCUUUCCUGCGAUUAUAACACUGUUGAAGCCAUAGAGGAUAGGAUUACGGCCUUUUGCAAGUUCAUUUUUAACAUUUCUAAGUUAUUCACCUCUGGUAACAGGGGUAAUUGAUUUCAGUUUGUCAUGUGCAUUACACCAGGGUCCCACUUCUAUUGCAUCACCAGUCAAAAAUGACUUUUUUGCGGGUGUUUAUAGUUAUGUUUAAACCCUGUGAUCCUGACUAAUAAUCAAAAACUCACCAUCUUCUUCUGCAUAUGGUUUUUACCACACUAUGAUGUAUGAUGUAAGUGUCACAUACUGCAAGUGUAGAAACUGUAAAUAAAUGCUAACACUGGUCCUGCUAGACAUCUAUAUGUAUGCUCACAACAGUAACAUGCACUGAGUUGAGCAGAAUUCACCGCUUUAAAUUCAGUCUCGUUUCACAGAGCGAUAUCUCUGGGGGUACCUGUGAUGGCACCAGCGCCGCACGUAUGUUUUUAACAUUCUGCAGUCAUGUGACGCACAGGUACAGACUCUACAAGCACACAAGCACAACAGUUUAUUGGAGAUAAAUCCAUGACAACAAGAUAUUCCAACAAUAUAUUGGUCAGCUGUAAUGUAUGUGUUACAUUUUUCACUCAGUUCGCCUGGAUAAGCAUACUUGCUAGUCCUGAUAGCCAACAUGUACAACUCUGAUUUUUAAAGACAGUCUUCAAAACAUCAUAUAUAACGUAGUUUCUUGAGACUUUGUGUGAACUGUUUCCAAUGAGGAGAGAGUGAAGUCAUUAGCAUCUAGGUAAUGAUAGAGAAUCUGAUGUACGUAGCAACUCUUUCAAAGAGUAAGGAAUGUUUGCUUCAGCGUGGUAACAACUAUACAGCUCAGAAAGGUGAUAGUAUCACAACUCCAGGCAGCCAAGAAAAUAUCUGCUUGUUAGGUACUCAUCAUAGAGAAAGAAAAUCAAUCUGUGGGAGGAGAUCAUCUGUAUGUUGCUGCUCAGCGUUGUAGCAGAUAACAAGAAAAACAAAUAGAUGGUAUAAUAAUAAAACAAAGACUGACUAAGUGACGUGAUGUAUUGUUUUUGGAUAUAGUGCCUAUAACAUUGUGCUAUCUGUAUUGUUUUAUAUUUUAAUGUCCCUUUCUUUGUUUACAAAGGGGAAAAAAUAUAGCAAACUUUAUAUGAAAAAAAAAGAUUGAAUAAAAACAAAGAAAAUAAAUCCAAUAGCGCUACUUAUCAAAAUUCAUCAGGGAUAGCCAAAACAUUGAUGUGCAAAAAUGUGUUCACAUUUGAACCUGUUCUGCCCUUUAAUUUAACGUGUCAGAGAAUUUAGCUGUCAGACCCAUUCCUCUCCAGUCAGGGCAUGCAGCUCAGAAGCAUACUGUACACAUAACCUCAGAAACAUGCAUUGACACACAUUCACAUGCACACCUGUCUGCAUGAACACAAAAGCAGACUUGUGUGCCAUGACUUCAAUCUGAGCAAAUGUACACGUGUUGAAUAAUAUUAUUUUAUGUCUUGGCCUUUUACUCUUUUCAUUUAAGGGGGGGAAAGUCCCCAUAAAGAUCAAAUGGGGCCUGAUCUGACAUGUCGGCUUUGGAAUUGCUGGGUGGUAGCUGACAGAUUUGAAGUUAAUUAAAAGCGCUCUUUUGUCCGUUGACUGAUGCCAGUGCACUGCAGGAUCUUGGUGAUGGCGAUGAGCAUAGGCGAAGGGGGGCACAGAAUGGGCCACACAAUGGUGGGCUUUGUAGGUGGCUGUGAUGCCGGGGUAAGCUACAUGAUGUCAGGGAAAUGUUGGCCUCAGGCCAUAUAUUCAAGUCCAGUGGUCCCCUCUCAGAGAGUUUCUUACAUCUUCACAUAGCUUCCAAGGAAGAGGAAGAGUGAGGCGGGAAAGUGAAUGAAAUCUAACUAGUAAGUGGAGCUUGAGUACAGCUGACUGCUCUACUGAGGAGAAAAAAGUAGGGCAGUAAAAUGUAUUUUGAUAAAGGCUUAAGUGACACUGAUAGUACGACUUUGUCACACUUUUAUCUCAAGGCUGCUCGUACUCCUUGGAGCUGUUUUUAAGAUAACAUAAUUCUACUAUAACUAGGAUUUGUUAUGAGGACUGAAGGCACACUCAUGCUGGGCAAUCUGUACUGUACUCUUGCAGGUUUGAACUCUAAUAAACCCUACCCUGCCUCAGCCCUGGCAUGGUUGGAAAAAGUGGACUCUGGCACAGUUUGGAUGCUCAUGCAUGUACAUGAGCACGGCACUGUGAAACCCUUGAUAUUUUUUCUUUCACCCCAACACCACACAUCACAUCAGCAUGGUGCUACAGAAAAAAACAGUACUGCCUGCAAUGCAUUGGUCUUUGUAUGACAUGGAUAAUAUGCGAAAGCCAGUUUGAGUGUGCAGGUGAAGGGACAACUGUAGUCUUAAAAUGGACAACCCAGUAUGAGUAUGCCCUUAAACUUAUAGCUAAUACAGUUGAGCCACAAACUAAAAGUGCCUCUUUCACCCAUGUUAGCAUCGUCACACUUUUAAACUGUUUUUGUGAGAAUUCUUUCACAAGACUCCAAAUAGUCCUGAGCCUCUAUCCGCCCUCCUAUCAACCACAUCAAAGCUAUCCUCAACAAGUUCAAAAGUUGAAAAGACAGCUCCCACUUUGUUAGCCUUCCUCGCACGGUUAGUUUAGCUUUCCUAAGGGCCGAGACGCUAGAAGAAAGAGUAAUCCUGGCUCAUCAGUCUGCUGGAUUAUUGUUGGGUUUUUUUUCUUGGCAAGGCAAAGUAACUUCCUGGAGGCUUGUUCAGACAGUGGGGUUGCCACAUUACAACAUGUUCUUUCACACUUUAGUGUUUGUGUGGAAUGAACAAACAGCUUGUUCAAUAAUGAGCUUUAACACUGUAGUUUUUUUUUGUCUUUUUUUUUUUUUUUGUCUUGGGAAAGACCGGCUAGCUGUGCUUGUUGUUUGCAGUCUUUGUCACAGGCUUAGCUAACUGUUUUUAUUACAACUAUACAGUGAUGUCAAUUUUGCUUUCAAACUCUAAAUAAAUGAUUGUCCCAAGAUGAUCUUCUCUAACUGCAAAACAGUUAAAGAUGUAUGUAGAGAUCUGGACCGUAAACCAAUAGAGGUGUUCGCAUAAAAACAUAUUAUUUUUAUUAUAGAGGAAAUGUUGAAUGUAUUUAAAUUGGCUUUCUUUAAGCUACCAAGAACUAAUGGUCGUGGAAAUUUCUGCAGGUUGGAUCGGAAAUUUCCAAGACAGUCUAGCCAAAGACCUCCACUGUGAGGACCAAAAGUUGAUUUGAAGCCUAUCAAAAUAAAAGCAAAUAUACCCAGAGUACUUUUUUUGUUGUUGUUGGAAGUUAGCUCGUAGCCUAAAAGCAAUUAGACAGGGAAGUACGUCUCGUGUGAAUACGUUUUAUUUUUGAGGCGUUAUUUUAUGUUUUUGUGUGUUCAUGUGUUCAACAAAGACAAAAUACAAAGCGGGAUGACUACUUCAAACAAACUGAAGCUCAUGAGAGAAAACGUCACCUCGGGUCUUCUCGGUGGAGGUGGGUCCUCACAGUGGAGGUCUGUAGCCACACCCCUCUCAACAUUUCUGAUCUAUAAAUUACGUUAAUAUCAGAACCCAAUACUGAUACUGGAUCCGAUCGGCCCUAUCCCUACUUGCAACCAAAAUGGUUGCAACUUUAAGCCCUGUGGUGGUUUUGCAGUGAUUCUGCUGACUCUGUCAUCAUUUUCCUUUUUUUUGACUGGCAUUGGGCCCGCAGAUAAGGCUGUGAGUCACAGAGGAAUGACAUAGAUAACCACAGAGGGCCCUUCAGUCCUUCCCUCUGUCCUGUUGUCUCUAUUUCUCUAUCCUCAGUCCCACACACUGUCUAUAAAUUCUCAAAUUCUUCCUUUUUUUUUUUUUUGCUCUCAGCUUCUCUUCCUCUCACCCUGGUUAAAGGGAUAACCAUCUGCCCUUUCAGAAAAAAAGCUGUGCCCUAUCAGUCUCCCUUUGGCUUUCCCCUCAGCUUUCUCUCUGUGCUUCUCCUCUGCCUUUAGCCCGGCCUGGUCGAGGGAUAACCAUCUAGCCUUUCAGCACAGGCCAGCUCUUUCUGAUGACUGUUUUUUUCCAGUGAUGGAGGACAGCACAGAAGCUUUGGCCCUCUCACUCUGGUGCAUUUUCGUAGCUCAGGGGCAAAGAGAAGUCUACACCAUUUAUUUCUGAAAUAUUUGGACUCUGCUACAUUAAGAGACUUUUUCUGUGGAGUACAACAGGUCAGUUAAUGAAAACCCACUUCAGUGAAACAGAAAUUCGACUCAACAUCCGCUCAAGUCAAAUAUUUUCCAUUAAUAGUUGCAUCUGGUCUGUUAGCUAAGUACAGUUUCUCAGUUGUCAUACUGCAGGUGGAAAGAUUUGACAGCUGACAACAAGAAUGAGGAGUAAGAACUUGAACGGGUGAGAUAUUUUGGGGUCUUGACAGAAUAGAAGCUCAAACAUCAUGUUUGUGAAAAUGUGAUGUUUGCAAAUCUGAUAAGUGACUAACAAAAUGUUGGGAUAAAAGAACCGGAGUCGAGCAAGACGACAGAGUUCCAAGCACCGUGUUUAGAGUAAAGCUCGGCAGAAAACCAUGAAGUCGUGACAAGUAACAGGAAAUCAUCCGAAACUUUGAAGUAAACAGGCACCAAACGUUGAAAAAAAGUGAAUGACAGAGUGAGUCAGAAAGAGAGAACAACAGAGGCAGACCGAAAAGGAGGAGAAGAGGAAUGCAAGAAGCUGAAGAGCUGCUGCACUUCCAAGUUCGAGAGUGCAGAUUUGACAAGCAUUUAGGAUUUCUCUCUCUCUCUCUCAAAGAGGAACCUAUGAAAAGACCUCUUUCAGGCCCGGACUGAAAAGGGGAUUAGACGGAGGCAAAGUGAGUGAAAGACACAAACAUUCAGUUACACAUCUUGUGCAUUUACCUGUCAGAGUGCUGCAAUAAAGCUGCUCCCACGUUGGGAAUGUGCCAGGAGAUUUCAAUCCUAAAGGCCUGAAAGGGCUGUCUUUGAAAAUUUUAACACCAGUGUGCCUUUGUGCCUAUGUUUACUAAAAUACCAACGAUUACGGCAAAGUCAUACUAAUAUUCCUGUGAUGUGUACUCACCUCUGAUCUUCAGUUUGCAGUUAUCAACCCCCAGUGUUCAAGAAUCAAAUCAUCUAGUCUUUGAGGUGAAUGCAUACCUUUCCUUCUGUCUUCACAGUGCUGGGUUUAAGUAUGACCUUUCAGCAUCAAAGUUGCACAUCAGUUCCAACACUUCUGGAUGUAAUUCCCCUAACAGCUAUGGUAAAGAGGAGCAAUUUGCUGUGGUUCUUGCUGAUUUGUCUGUGAAAAAUGCUCGGAUUGUGCUGCUGAGAACAUAAAUUCCAAAACUGCAGAUAAUCUGUCUGCUGCCCCUGUCAGCAAAGAGAACAAACUAAUGAUUUUUUACAUCAUUAAACUUGCUCUGGUGCUUCAGGGGUCAUUGUAUGAGCAGUUAGGCUUGCACUAUUACUCUGACAAGUGCUAAUCCGUGACAAAUUUAAGGGUGUUUGAGAUCCGCAGAAGUGUGAAUCAAAGUGUUUUCUUAUGUUGUUGUUUAUCUCUUUGUUUGACAGCGAUCGAGUGGUUUAGUCUGAGCUGGACCAAACGGACCUUCUUCCAGGAAAGGACUUUAUUGUUAGUUCCAGUCAAAGAUUAUUACACCACAGCGAAAGCAUUUGAGAGGAGGUCAUCAAGGGCAGUCAGUGUAACUCCUGGACACUCAGUUAACUCUGUAUACUUCAGAAACUAGUGUAGCAGCCGUAGUGUACUAGUACGACAGAGUAUUAGGGCCACAUUUAGAAAAAAAAAUUAAGACCUCGAGAUUAAUUUACAAGAAUAAAGUCAUAAUAAAAUCAUUACUUAUGAGAAUGAAGUUGUAAGUAAUGAUUUUAUUACAAAUUUUUUCUUGUAAGUAAUGACUUUAUUAUGACUUUAUUCUCGUGAAUUAAUGACUUUACUCUCAGUCUUAAUUUUUUACCCUCAAUGUGGCCCUAAUACUCUGUCGUAGUACUAGUGUAGCAGUGAGCAGUUACAUAAUAUAAAUGUAAUUGUAAAUAGCUGCUUAAGUCCUAUUGAUGUCAAAUGUAAUAAAUCAGAGACUAGCAUUAGAGACCCACAGUCUUUGCAGUUAUAUGAGGGGUUCUUUGUGAUACUUUCUCAUGAAGUUUGAAUCUUCAUUGGUCAGGAGAUGCGGUGUAAUGCUAACUACUGUUCUGCAGUUAAAAGCCCAAUCCAAAUCUGUUCUGUUAUAGACUCACAAACUCUGAAUUUCGUGCUCUGCGCUGUCCAGAUGAUGGCAACACUGACAGUCACCAUAUUGGAAAUGGUGACCCACACUUACUCUUAGUCGACCUAAAAAAAAAACAAAUUAUGCAAGUUGAUGGAUACCUCUUAAUCUUUAUAUUAUUUUUACAACCUUAAAAAAAAAACUAUACAAAAUUAUACAGAACUAUAAAGUAGGGGUUGGAAUUUUUGCGUAUUAUUCUGUGGUGGAUUUUCUUCCAGGCAACGGGUGACGGGUGAUAGUGUGUCCCAUCCCUCAUUUUUAUUGCAUCUUUAGGCCCCAUAAACUCAUGCAUAGGCUUUCAGGAUCCAGCAGCGACACCGAUACAUUUCACUUUAAUACUUAAUUAAAAAGUCUCCCUAAUGCAUAAAAUUUGCAUAUGUGUCAUGUUCAAGUUUUUAAUCAGAACCCCAAUAGACUUUUGUAUUACAAAUUAUAUAUGCUUUUUCUUCCCCACCAUUUAUAUAAUUAUGUUAACUGAACUUUGUAUUAUUACCAUUACUAUUUGUGUAUGUCUGUGUUCUGUAUUUCUUUUCCGUUUAUUUUGAUUAUACUUUAGUUUGUACUCUCAUAUAGUUAUAACUAUGACGACUCUAAUUUUAUUAUUAUAAUAUGUAUUUAUAUCUAUAUUGUCUGUGUCUUUUUCAGCACUUCUGUUUAUUGAGCACUAACUAUUUACCGUAUUUUCACUCUUUAAUUUAAAUGAAGAAUAUCAUUAUUUAAAAAAAGAACCCCUAUAGAUUAUAUAGAAUAUAGAACUAGAGAGAUGUUGUAAAAGUAAGCCUAAGGUCAAGGUUCACCAUCUAGGUUUAUGUCUAGGUUUUUCAAUGCCUGACCAGAUACCAAGAACACAUAUCUAUCAUGUAUAUCUAUGGUGCCCUGCUUUAUUCUAAAUUUAAAGCUGCUCUGUCAUGUUUACUGCUCCAGCAGCAGUCGGAUGACUCAGCUUCCCAAAAGGCCCCUUGUCUUCUUCUUAACAAGCACACAGGCACAGCUGGUGGUUGUUGCGGUUUCUCCAGUCAUUUUGACUAAAAUGGUCAAGGCCCAUGCUGCUUUGCAUCAAGGCAGGAGAAGUGACAUCAGAGACGGUGGCCUACAUAGAACAGGGAUCUGGUGGCCAUGUUGUCUGGGGAAAGCUACUGUGGCAAAUGUUGCUCCACGACGUUUCGUGCGGCGUAAUUGUGGUUUGCUGAGAGGACACGCUGGCCAGAGGCGAGGAGGAAAACAGAGACCACAGACUUAAUAGUUCUGACAUUCUCUCAGCAUCUUCAUCUUCACUUUGUUCACUGAUGCCGUCACUCUCCAGUUGUUUGUCUUCUCACUUCUGUGUCUGCCUUCCUUUCUGUCCUAUCAAAAUGUGUCUUCCACUUUGUCCUGUUUUUCUUUUGUAUUUUUUUGCCAUGUGACUCUCAUGUUCACGUUUGUUUGCCUUUUGCUCUCUCGGCCUAGCCAUGUCUGCCUGUUGUCAAGAGACUUCACUGACUCACAGUGACUAAAAGGGGCCUGAAGUGCUGGCCUGUCCUGACCUGACUUCAAAAUAGACAGCUUGGCACGCACGCCAUGCACACACACAACAUUGUCGAAAAACAGGGCCUCCCUUGUACGACUUCAGUUCCCAUGUCAGACCGUCUUUUAGAUCAGGAUUUUUAAUAUGACUCACUGGUUACGGGACUUUUGAGUGACUGCUUAAGAACAAUCCAUGAAGCCCAGAGCCAUCUCCUUAAUGUGUAUGAUUGUCAGCUUGCAGGAACAUACAUGCUGGAGUACACAGCUUUCAAUUCAUAGAUUAAAGCAUUACAGCAUGUGCUUUGUUGAUUAAUCUGACUGCAGCUAGAUUGUUUGUAAUGACGAUUCAAAGUAGGGGCUAAACAGAGAGGCAAACAUGCAAAGUUUAAACCAAUACUGCCACUAAAUGGUUGAUAAUACUUUCCAUUUUUGAAUCAAAUUAUUCAAAAUAUAAUGAUUGAGAUAAAAGAAAUUAUUAUAUAACCCUACAGCCAUUAGAAUCUGAGCAAGUGUGGAUCUGCCUUUGGAAACCUGGAUUCCCUGGCCAGAUUCCCAGCUAGAGGGUAAGGAAAGAGAGGGAGGGGAGAGAGAUGAGUGAACUCAGGGAAGGACUGGGGGACUUACCUGAGCUUUGAUCCGAUGACUAAGACAGAAAACGUCACUUUUAUUCUCUCACAGAUCUACAAUCAGAUCACCCAACAUUUAAUACUUAUCUGACUCAUUAUUGAGGAUUACUGGAGACCUCAGUGAAAACUUGACAACCUUUCUACCUGCCUUUGAAAACAGUUGAAUGGGAGUGGCAGGGGUGUGUGCUCGUGGGUUAAAAGCUGGUGAUUGAUGCUGUCUGUGACAGCCUUUGUGCUGUGGCAGCAGAGGAAAAAAGAGGCGGAUUAAAAAGUGGAAUAGCAUUCAAGGCUUCCAUCAUGUGUGCCACUUGUAUUCUAUUCAAAAUGCACUUUGUUCCUUUCCAUCUAAAGAUCCAGAGUGAGAGAACAGACCAUCUAUUCUUUCUCCUGAGUGGAAGCUGGAGGCAACGAUCUAAGCUGACUACAUGUGGAGUGGUUUAAUUAUUAUUAUCAUUAAUGAUAUUAUUCUGUAACUAUUGUUACCCUUUUCACAAAGGUAAUUUCUGCAAUUCUAGAACAUAUAUUACUGGGUUUUUUAAUGGCAUGAGCAGUAUAACUAUCCAGGGAUGAGACAGUGAAUUUAACACAAUGCAUACUAUUUUAUAAAAUAUGCAUGGUGCAAUUUCGAGAGCUCAUAGUGUGAGAAAGAGGGAGAGAGCAAAGAGGUGAGCUUCAGAGCGUCAGAGGUCUUUGCAGGUAACAGCUGCGCCUGCAAAUCCCGAGUAGUGUAGUGCUGAACAGACUAGAUGAUAAAUCAUUUGCUAAUGGAAAAAAAACCUGUACAUUUUAGUUUUUCUGCUGCCCACCAUAUUUGAGAAAAGUUCUGUUUGCAUGUUGUACUUUUCGAAUCCAAAAUCAAUCCAUAAAGAAUUAGCCAGGUGACUGGAUCAAAAAUGUUGAUCAUGCUCAGGGAUCUGUCCAGUGAUUAACAAGUCCAGGCAUAUAAUAUCUGGUGCAAGCAUCACCCCCUGCUGUUUUUUUAAGACAAUGAGCCACCUAAAUUAACCCAAAUUAAGACGUUACUGUCGCCAAGACUCACCAAAAUCUCUGCUGAUUUAAGAGAAGCUGUAGAACUAGGCGAAAUAUUUGGGCAGACCUCUUUCACUGAAAAGCAGUUUUUUAAUUUAAAAACAUGAAUGUAAUCCAUUGUAAAGAUAGAAAAAAAAAAAGAUAAUAGCAGCCUUAUUUUACGACCCAAAGAAUUGUUAUAUGUGAAGGUCGCUUUAGCGUUUCAGUCACCUUUUCCUUUCGUUCUUUUUUUCCCCCCAGCUUUUGUUUGCGCUCAAUCUUUCACAGCGUGUCUUUGGUUUCUUUUGUGAAAACUUUUCAUCCCCUCUGCCUUUUCUUUCACAUCACUCCAGCUCUUUUUAUGUGCUCACCUUUCCAUUUUUCUCCCGCAUGCAUCUCUCUCGGCUGCAUCACCAGGCGCUCUCUGUGUCUGUGGCUCAGUCCUGGCUGAAUGUGUUCUAGCUCUUGUUGCUUUGACAGGCCCUGACAACAGCAGGUCAGCUUUUAUCUGUCAGCCUUUCCACCUCUCAGCAGCACAGAGCAGAGGGGAACUGGCUGCUUUGUUUGUUCUUUCACCAUCAGGAGACAGGCCCGCCACAAAGGGAAGCUCGGAAGUUUAUAGGUGUCGAGCCAUGAGCACUCUCUCACACACAAGCUCAAAUACCUGCACACAGGCAGGUGUUUACAGUGCUGCAGGGCCCCAGGUGUGAGACAGAUAAUUGUUUAUUAGUGGUUUAACAGUGGAUGCAAUAAUAAUAAUAAUAAUAGUAAUGAUAAUAAUGAUGAUGAUGAUGAUAAUUAAACUCCCUUAACAACUUCCCCAAGACACACUUUCCAUGCAGCAUCAGCAUUGACAGUUAUAGCCUGUAGACCUGAUCAGUUUUAUUUUGUAUAACCUUUAAAAAACACAAAAAAAGAAGUGACAUUUAUCAAAAAUACAUUCAUGCUGAAACCUGCUAUAAAAAGUGUCAACUAUAUGUUUUUAUUUCCUGUGUUCUCUGUAGAUCAGCUGCCACAAAAACACUAAUAGCAUUCAUUGUCACUCAGACCGUACAGAAUCACCAGAAAACAGUCUUUCUAAAUGCCAGAGGGUGAACUUGCUCUGCAUGUUUUAUUUUCCUCUUUCUCUUGUUGCAGUGAUAUUCCUGCUCCUGUGGUGCUGUUUCAGACAUGUUGGACAUGUUGCCAGAAAUGUAACAGAUUGCUACUAAACAAUGUUGGCACACUUCUUUUGUCUUUUCCUCUUGGCUUUGUCCACUGAUGUAUUUUACCUCGACCCAGUGCUCCCAAACAGGAGAACUCAAUUACAGAGCAGGGAUCUUGAAGCUCUUGCAUCUCGGUUUUUGUGGCUAAUCUCCUGCCAUCUUCUAGUCCAAAAGGAAACAGGAUUUGCUCAGUACGCAUCUGUGCUGUACUGAAAGUGUUGUACCCAAGUGAUAAGUCCAUGUAUCUUUACAGUACUACAACACACACAACAAAGCCAUAACAGUAGUCGACAAAACUAUGAGAGUAAAACAGGAGAGAUAAACUGCUCAAUCAAUUGGCUGAUUAAUGGCCUGAAAAUGCCUCUAUUCCAUACCCAAUUAUGGCAUCUUUACUCUAAAUCGGUCAUGAGCUAUCAUUUCAUAUAAAUUCUCCUGUUAUUGGUCGGCCAUGUUCUGAAAUCUAUAGCAUAACCCAGUGUAUUUAUCUUUUUCGCUGAUUCAUUAAAAAUCUAUCCAUGCUGAGACAACCAUGGUCAGAUGAGAAUGUAAUGUGCAUGGAAUAGUUGACUUACACAUUUACACUUUUUUUUUGAUUGAUCCCUAUAAUUUACUUUUUAUUUUUAUUACUUUCAUACUAAAUUCAAAUAGAGGGGAAGACAUUUCAAAGCUCCUCAUGGCAGUGUUUUACUGGCCAACAUUUAUUUUGGCUGUAUCUAUUCAAUAAAAUAUUUUGUCAAGUUUAGCAAUUUUGCUUUUCAUGAUGUAGUAUUUUAUUAUUCUUAUCAUUAAUGUAAUUGUAUUGUGCGGUUGAUUAAUAGUAUUGUGUCGAAAGAAAGAAAGAAAGAAAGAAAGAAAAAGUAUAAUAUCGGCAUUAUUAGUUGACCAUCAGCCAACCUGCUUCUCAAUAUCAGUAUUGGUAUCAGCCUUUGAAAAACUGACAUUGGUCGACCAUUGGUAAAAAUGCUCACAUGAGAAUAAAGACCAUAUCCAUGAUGUGAAACUGGUCAGUACAGCAGCACAAACGUUACACAUAACCUUACAGUGAAGGAUAGAGGGCUCACAGAUUAACAUGUCAAGUGCGUACUAUCAAAGCACAUGCUGUAAACUACAGUUAUCCACACAGGUACUAUACAGUAGAAUUAAAAUGAUAGUUUUGUCAGAAAUAUUCACAGUUAACACUGUCUUGUGGCUGUUUUGAAGUAGGCAAAGUUGCAGGUGUAUCAUGUGAAAUCUGUUCAUGUUAUUCCUCCUCAUGCUGAAGACUUUUUUGUCGAGAUUUAGCAUCGCGUGCAGUUUCUUUGACGGGAGGCAGAACAGCCAGUCGUCUUUCGUCUGCAUCAUGUGACAGGAUGCGCUGUCUGAUGUGAAUCAACUGUUGACACUUUCUGUCGAGGACCUUUUGCUAGAUCAUUGGUGGAAAACUCAACCCCACACACACACACACAAACACACACUCACAUUUCCCAAAACAACAUACACACAUUCUUGCAGACAGUAAAAGGAGGUCAGCCCUCUGCAGCCUGUGGUUGCUGCUUUUAUUUUGAGAUGGCUGAGGAUACAGAAUGUCUCAGAUAUGGUUCAGAUACACAUCAACCUCCGCAGAUCAACUUUUCUAUUGACUUUUUCCGCUGCCCGUCUCCCUUAUUUUUGCUCACAGAUCUUAUGAUCUGUAAGCAAGUCAGCAUAGAGAAGAGCUCAAGUUAAGGCAUGUCAGUAACAGGGUGUAGCUGGGAUAGUGUGUGUUUGUUCUGUUUGUACAGUAUAUUGUUGGAUGUGUUUUUCUUGUCAAGUCUGAGUAAAUUACAUUCUCCUGGAUUUUUAGGUCAAACUGACUUAAUCUCAAAACACACACGGUUAAAGAAAACGGUGGGAAUGGAUAAAGUGUUAAGAUGACAGAAUGAAGAAAGGAGGGUGUUAUAAAGCAGACUGGUUGGAAAAAAACUACAACACUACAUCAACCUUUUUAAAAGGCUCUGUAGCUGUACCUGCUGAGUGAAUAGGACAGGUCUCUUCCACAAUUUAAAGCCCUUUUAUUCAUUAGUUAUUACAUUAGUAUUUAUUUAUUUAUAUUGUCAGAGAUGGCUUUGUGUGUGUGUGUGUGGAAAAAGAAGAAACCCACAAUAAGCAAAUCAGCUUGUGUAGCUCUGUGGCUGCCCUAUCAGAGUGGUCAGUCAAGCAUGUUUCUCAGGACUACAGCUACUUAAUUACUAAACUGGUUGUAAUCCAUCAUGUUCUUUCCAAAUCACAGCUCCUAUUAGAGGGAUGCAACAGGACAGGAAUAAAUACUCCAAUUUCUGUCUGACAUAGCUCAAAUUUCACAGAUUGUGUUGUUGGACUCACACUUUAAUUUACUUUCACUAAACCAUGUUUCUUAAAUUAGGCGCCCCAUUCCACUCUAGCCCAUUUCUCUCACUUACCCACUCACGCUCUCUCUUUUCUUCUUUCCUAAUCUAUCUCUUAACAGUGACACUAUCACUGCUGUACCAGAGGCUGAUGUUACAGCACACUGAAACUAUACCAGUGUUUCGGUUCACAAAGUAUCAGUUCUCAUCUUCUGAACAUGACUUCUCCAAGGGGACUUCCUCCACACUCUAUGCGGACGUCAAAGCAGCAUUUCAGCUUAAUAUAGUGAAACUGAAAGACCAUAUUCCCCAGUGCACGCUACAAAUGGAGUUGCCUUGCUUGCAGAGCUUUUACAGGCUCUACAUGUACCUGAAUGUAUCGCGCAUGAGCAUCUCUGGCCUUGUUCCCUUGCAGUUAUCCUGCAAUGAACCAGAGUUUUAGUUUAGUCCAAACCUUGAGUCCUGAGACCCCAACGUUCAAGUCUGAGUGGAGUCUGAGUCAUGAGAGAGGUUGCAAGUCAAGUCUGAACCUAGUCAUCACCUGAGGAACUAUGACGGAGACCUGUGACUCAUUCUAAAGCAUUGAACUGUUCAGCUCAUCAUGGAAUAAGAUACAGUAACACAGGCAAAGAGCGUGGUUUGGACCUGCACAGAAGAUAACCCUAUAUAAAUAAAGAUUAAUUGGUUGAUAGAUGUGUAUAUUUAAAACUGCAGUGAGGGACUAUCAGUUUGUGUUGAUUUUGGCAACCCCCACUGAGAGAGAUGUACAUCUUAUCACUGAGUUGAUCUUGCCCUGUGCAUGGGAAGGUCGUAUUUUGUAGAAACAAGUCUAAUCCCUUUUUUUUUCAGCUGUCAGAUCUGUAACCUUGAAUAUAUAGGGUAGCUAUUUUCUUCAGUGUACUGUCAAUUAUCUGGCGUGUCCCCUUCCCCUUUGCAGUGGCUUCGGGCAUCUGUAAUGAUCAGUCUUGUUGCUAAUGGUCUUAAUUACAGGUUUUCCCUGUCCGCUUCUUGAUGCUCUGAGAUUUUGAAAGCCAUAAGACACACGGCUCCUCUUGAGGCAUCCCCUCAGCUUGAACCAUUGUUAAAUAAGACGGCAUGUGAACACAGACGCUGGUGGACGCACAUGCUAGCCCUUGCUCUAAACUGCAUACAUUUCAUGGCUCAACUGUGAGUGGUUUGUGCUUGGGCUCAAGUCUAUCACAAGUCCUGAGCAUUACAAAACUGCCAUGCACUUUUGCUCAAACGUUCAAGUCAAGUCUCAUUUAACUCAUGGCAUCUUCUGACAUUUUAUUGUUGAAUGUCAUUUUCAUUGCAGACUAAAUCUCUGAGAUUGAAUUGUGUGUAGUUCUAGCCUAGCUAAAAUGACAGGACUGUUGCAAGAAGAAUCGCAAGAACUGAUUUUUUUUUUUUAGCUGCAUGGAGGUCCCCUCGUGAUGUAGCUAUAGCACAUCUGGGACAACUGCAGGUGUCCCUUUUUCCCUUUGUAGUCCAGUGGGUCAGUGGAUUUCGACUUAGCUGUGGGAAAAAGGUUAAAGAAGGAGAAGUGAGAAACAGAAUUAGCUGUAAGAUCCGGUAAUGAUUCCUUAGAGAGAGGAACAGAAACAGGAGAUUCCAAUGUGGUGGCGCACUGACAUUUGCAUCCAGCAGUGGUAAGACAAAAUGUCAGGAUAGCACACUUCCCUUUUUGCAGUUGCAUGGUUUCAUAAACAUAUCAUAAAGCUUUACAGUAUCCUCUCUCACCCUACAUUGGUCUUUCUUUGCUUGUCUCUCCAUCCCUCUGAUUCCGUUUCUCUCUGGCCUGUAUUCAAGGAUAGGCUAACCACUGUUCAAGUUUUCACAGCUUGAGCUAUUUAACUCCAACCGACUAAUCUUCUCUACACGCUUCAUAUUAUUACAUUGUCAAAUUAUUCACUCAGCUAUUCUUCUCUAUUACCGUCAAAAUGAGAAGCUGCUCAAACUUUCACUAACACUAGUCUGAAUCUGAUGAUAUAAAGCAAGGUUCAGUGGAAUAUUAGAAGGCAGUGUUAUUCACUCAUCUAAUAACACAGUUGCAUUGUCAGUACAUCAGUUUAUACAGUCAGUAAGAAGUGCAGGUGGUCAGAUAGUCAGCUUGUGACUGAGAAAGCAGUAUCAGCCAGCAGCAGUAGUAAUGUGUUAUUAAUGUGUUGUGUGGCCGCCACCUCGUCUGGCUUGAGGAAGCUAUUUAUGUGACCUUCUGCUUGGCUCAUAUUACCAGAGUGGUGAGCGGUAAGGUUAAAGAGAGCAAGAAAAGACAGACAAGAAGGCAGACAGAAUACCAGCAAACAGGAAUGCAGACUGGUAGCUGGUAGACAGAGGGCAUAGUGUUGACUGGAUAGAGCAUUUGUCUGGUCUUGUUUGUGUAUUUAGAGUGUGUAAUUUAAUUUAAACUUCUGCUGUCAAAUACCCCUGUUGUUUCUUCUCAAAUUAACCCUAACCCUUUGUUUAUAUGCACAGGGAUGAGUGUGAUUCUUGAUCCUAUAUGAAUGUUUUUGCUCUGGCAAUAAGCCACCUAACAAGGGACAUGCAUGCAUGCACUCUUACCCAUGACUGGGUGAGGCUCCUAAUCUUUUAGUUCCCACAUGUGCGCACACGCAUGCAAAAACACACAUUAGACAUCCACCAGAGUUCAUUACAGUGUGAGCUAUGCAAUUGCACUCAGGAGCCUUCGGCUAUAUACUGUAUGCCAGCAUGGUGGCAGUCAUUACAUUCUAUCAAAUAUGCUUAACAAGAAAAGUGAGGUGAUUCUGAAUACCUAUUUGCCUCCUUUUUCUGUGCCAGCAGAAUAAAACUUAAACAAUUAAACUGAAUCUCUUAUCUUGCUAGUUGCAGAAUAAAUAAAUCGUUAAACUAGAUAAUUUCCUUCUAGAUAAUUUAAAGAAAUUCAGACCUUGAUACUUCCAUAUCCACAGGGUCCUCACAGUGGGAGGUGACUAUGUUUGUUGUGCUCUUACACUUUGAUAUAUUCCAUUUGGUUAAGUUUAGAGACCGUGAAAGACUCAGGGAAGAAGUCCUCUGUAAUGGUGACUGUUUAACAUCCCCAAAUGAACAGGAAUGUUUUGGCAAAACAGUCAUGUGAAGGAUACUGUGUUGUGAUUUACAUUCAACUAAAUAUAUUUCCAAUAAAGGUAAAGUGAAAGAAGGUGAACCAGACUUCUAAAGGGAAUAUUUAAGUUGAUAUUUCUGUCCUUAUUCAGUUCUGCAAAUGACACUUUCAUACAAAAAUUAAGCAAUUGUAAAAUCUUUUCAACAGUACUGCUGUUGUUUUUGUAGUAUUUUGUCACAAACUAACUUAGAGAAGCUCUUACCAGGUCUGCUGCUGUUACCUGGACUGCAGGACUGGGUCUUACUCCAAUUCUCCAAGUCAAUUACAGUUAGGGUCUCCCCAGGGUGCUCUCACGUCUGCUCCUUAAAACUGUCAGUAUCAUCCAAUUCUAAUGGGGCACUCACACCAAGCUCUUAUAAAAUCAUCUACUCGCUUAAUUCGCUCGAAUCUAGAUGCAUGAAUGAAUAGUAUUUACUCAUUUGUGCUAACUUUAAUGGUAAUCCCUGCCAAUUCAACCGGCGGGAUCAAGUGAUAGACAAAGGGUUUUUAACAAUUUACGAGGUAAUCCGACCUCCACACUCACUUGCCUCCAGGCAAGCUCCGUUUUAUUCCAGUUUCAGUAAUUGAAAGAAAAACCCACACACCAACACGAUCAGGUUGUCCUUCAUUUUAGAUACCAGUGAACAACCGUCCGUUUUCAUAUGUCACCCUGCAAACUUUGUGCUGAUUGGUUAUCACAACGCUCAAGUCGAGACAUUAUCAGCUCCCACCCGUUUCGCUCUGCCAGAGUAGUACAAAUGUCGAAUGGCAUCUUUGCAUUGACUUAACAUGUAUUUCAUUCGCGCAAAUGAUUUUACUCGUGCUUGGUGUGUGAAGUAAAGCUCAGACUCAGACAGAGUGUAUUAGUUUUGCCACAGUGUUAAUAGGCAGGUGCUGGAUAUGUUGUGUGUAAUCUGGCUUUUCUUUGUGUCUCUUUUGUUGUUGAAACAAUAUUAUUUUAGGGACAGCAAAGAUUCAAGUAUCCAACACGGCCUGUUUUUUCCUGGUUUUGACCUGCUGGGUUCACUCAAACUUCUCAUGGACAUUUUACCAGAGAACAGGCAGGAAAAGUCAAGAUGAGCAAAUCGGGUUGUUGACACAUACUCCAGCAGCCAACCCCGAUAAUGUGUGGAGUGCAGUCAAUGCAGGUGUUUAAGGUUUUUGAAGACAAUGUUUGUUUAGGCUUUUUUCUUCAAAUUGAUAGGAUAGUAGGAAACAAGGAGAGAGAGUUUGGAAUGGCAUGCACCAUACAGAAACUGGAGUCAAACUUGUGACUAGUGCAGCAAGGACUUAAGCCUCUCCACAUGGGGCUUCUGCUUUACCAACCAAGCUGAACUGGCGCCUUGUAAGAGGGUCUCACUAUUACUCAUGUGGACAUACCAUUAAUCUGAUUCAGCCCUCGGAUUAAAACUCCAUAUUCUGUUGUUUAUUUUUAUCAUUCUCAUUCCAGCAGCUGUUUGUGGUUUUUGGUGAUAAGUACAGUAUGGGAACUGGCUCACUCUCAUGUUUUACUCUGAUCCUAUAUAUUAGCUGUACUCAUUAAACAAGAUGUGAAAGCAUGGUGGCAUGAUACAUAAAAUGAGAUUUGAAGCAACUUAAUGACUAUUGCUGUGCUAUUUAUGUGAUUCAUCAAAAGAGACUAAUCAAAGGUGCUAUUAGAGCACAUGAAAGGUGCCAAGAAGUGAUUUGAAUGAUCUUUUUCUAAGAGAUACCCCCUGUGUUCAGGCUGAUUAGAGUCUUGAUUAUUGGCCUGUUUGUGUGUUUGACAAGCAAGAUCAAUCAAGCAGUAUGUGCAGUUCAUGCCAGGUGACACACCACUUUAUUUUGAAGUCAAAUAUAUGAUUGUGUUAUUGAUUUAGUCGACAUGGGCUCAACUCAGACUUCUGGAAAUGGUUGUUUGAAGCAGUUCUCACUUUUGUUCUCUGAAAUUCUUGGUCGACUAAAACCCUGAAAUUUUCUAUGAAAAAUCAACUAAUGGGGGUGUGGGGGAGUUCCGAUCCUGACAGCAAACCCUUCUGCGGUGGGAGACGACGCGGCUCAGUUGGGUGAAAAUAUACUGAUAUCAGCAGAAGAAGGCAAUAAACCCAAAUAUUAUAUUCAGCAAACCACUGGACGUUGAUCAACGUGGACGCUCUUCAAUCUUCCUGUCUCCAGCCGGCCUCCAAUGGGUUGGGCAAAUCCAAACUGGUGAAAACAAGGGGGGUGUUUUGAGACAGGCUGUUUUCUGUGAAACAGGGGUGCUCUGAAAACUCCCCCAUGAGCACUUGGUACGUUCCUCCUGAUGAAAUUAUCCAUAGACUGCAGAUUGACAUGGAAAAAAAUCAAGUCGACCAAUCAGAAUUUUGGUCGACUCAGCAUUUAUCAGUCAACCAGUGACUAGGACUUCACAGCCCUAAUAGUUAUCAUAAUUAUAUUGGAUAUACAAGCUGUUGACAGGUGAAAAGAGCCAAAAUGAUUACUACAGGGAAUUUUGUGACACAUUUUUAUGAAAACACCAAAACCAAGAUUUAAAAAAACUGAAAGAAACAAGCUCCCACUGCAAAGAAGACAAACUCCUCCUGUUUUGUUCGCAGACUCCCAGACAAAUCACCGAGACACUUUGGCUUUGGCACAUUCUUAAUUUCCUGUUGCCCCCCCUCCGCUCUCUGCGUUUCCCACCGUCUCUGAAAGCCUCUGACCGUCCCUCCCUCUCUCCCAUGCUUCCUCACACAAUGUGCACAACCUUAUUCUGCCUUCCCACAUUGCUGUUUAAUAGGAGGCUUCCUCCCUGGUGAACAGUGAUAAGCUAAUGGUCAGGGAAUUGCUCACCAUUUAGCGGUCGCAUACGUCAAAAGAGAGGGGAGAGAGGAGUGAUGGAGAGCUCUCGUGGGGUUAAAGGGAACAGUUACUUCCCCUCUAAUAUUGCCCUCAGGCUUGGAUUAAUGUUUGAAUGUGUAGGUGGGUGGGUGGUUUUAAAAAUGUGUGUAAUCUUAGCAGAUUAUUGGCUUACUACCUCCGCUCUGAUUGGCCUCACAGAAGGAGGCUGAUUAAUGCAGAACACCUACUCCAACAAUUUGAAUACAUUUGAAUAGAUCCUUUAAUUUUGAGCAGAUCUUAUUCGUGAGUGGUUUUGAUACACUCUCUGCACCAACUGCGUAGUCAGCUCAAACCCUGUAAUUCAACUUCUCUCGUAGGACGUGUAGGGACUUAUUAUUAUCAUAAUAGUAAUGAUUAUUAUUAUUAUUAACGUGUUUUUCUGGUUUGUCAUGCAUUCCCUGAAGUUUUUCAGACAAAAAGCACAAUUUAGAAAGAAUUGAGACAGGAAAUUUCAAGUAGAAGGCUUGAAAUUGGUAAAUGCAGGGGCAAAUCUCUAAUGUAGCGAGAGUGGUUAUGUGAAACAUGCUUUUAAGUAGCUACGUGUAGAAAAUGUAUUGUAGACACAGAAAAUUGGACGUCUCAAGUGAUGGCAUUAGCUGGCCUCUCUGUUGUGGCCCUUUAGAUGAAGCCUCCCACCAGCACAGCUCUGCUCCAGAUUGAGCUGUCCUCCUCUGCUGAUUACUCUAGUAUCCUCUGGCUACCAGGCUGAAAAAGUGUGUGUGUAUGUGUGUGUGUGUGUGUGUGUGUGUGUGUGUGUGAGUAAAAAAAGAGGAAGAGAGUUGAAGUGUAAAAGCAAGAGAGCCAAGUCUGGUUGUUAAGGAUAUAUUUCCUUUGCACUUUGAUCGAGAGUGGCUUGCUGCAGCACUCACCCAAACAGGCACACAGACUCACACAAACACACACAUACACAAACACACACAUACCCACACAUAAGCUUCCUCCAGUUUACCGAGUCAAAUGGAAGAGUGUCCUCUGUUAAGCUCACUGUUAGCUUACCCAAGUGGAAACGUGUUGCUGCGUUACAGGUGACCUUUCCUGCAGUGUGAGUGUGUGUGUGUGUGUGUGUGUGUGUACAAACUGCAUACAUGUAUGUGUGUGUUGUGUUCACGAUGCAGAUGUUUGGAGUGCAUACUGACCCUGUGAAGAGGCUGUUUCUGCCUGGCUGCAUCUGGAAGUCUCACACCUCCUAUCCUACGAUCCAUGUGUGCGUCUAAGUGUGGAUUCUUGUCUUGUGCACAGAUGUCCUUCAAAAGCAGUGAAGGAAAUGGCCACUAAAACCAGUCCAGGCAUUUAAAUGACCAUCCCAGAGGAUGACAGAUUAUAUCUGACCCAUGAUAGCAUUGUCUGUCCGCCUUCCUUAAGCUUCUCCCUCUUCCUUUUUCUUCCUUUCAUACUCUUAUCUAUACCUCCUCAUUCAGUUUAUUAUUCCCACUUCACAGAAAUUGAACUCAAGUGGGUUCAGUUUCUCUCUCUUGCUGCGUGAGUGUGACUCACUCCACGACCAGUGAGAAGGUGCUGAGAGAUGCUCAAAGUCACCCUCUCCCCUGAUCUUUGCAGCCUUUCCCUCCGUUCUCCCCCUCCAAGAGGAAAAUUGCCUUUAAUUGCUCCACUUUAAAGUUGGCCUGGAUGAGACACUUGAAGGACAGUUGCAGAACAUUUCUCGACUCAUAAUCAGUGAAGUGCAUCGCAACUAGUCGCACUCAGGUUGACUGUAAGAUAAAUCUGAGACGCGCAUUAUGAGGGGGUGGUUCACAGUGAUUACUGUAGGUACAACUACAGUAAAUGAAGGUGAGAAGCCUGCUUGUAAUCAUUGAGCCAGUGCACACAGGAAUCGGUAGCUUGAACAAUGAAGAGUUUGCCAAGAUCGAUGUUAUUGACGCAGGCACUGUGCCUAUGGACUGGCCGUCAGCUGAAAGUCUACCAGGUGCAUGCUAAUGAAAGCCCGAGGGAUGUGAAAUCAUUAAUUGUGCACUUACGUGUGUUGACCGCAUGGAUUUGCCUUUGUGCAGACCACGUUGGGUUCGGAGAUAUGAUUAUGACACUGACAUAGUAUAGUUAUGCUAGAGUGUAUCAUCUCUAAUGCUUUGGCCUGAGGUGUAGACCUAUUAAUGGAAUUAUUGUAAGACUUAGUUAUAGAUUUGUUAUUUGACUUCUGCUUAUUAAAAAAGGCUAGAACAGGGGCUAUGGUACUUCAUAUGACAAAGCAUCACAGUUAGAAGAUAUAGAAGCCAAUAAAGAUCCAAUCCUUUUUUUUAAAGUUAUGCAGUAAAAUCUGGAUGCCUUUCAAAGACUAUUUGGCAGCAAAUGUAAAACUCGAACUAAAAAAGCCAAAAUAAUGAUCCACGUAUAUAAACCAAGUCCAAGCAUCAGGUAUAUUUGAAAAUAAAGGAAAGAAAAUUCAAGCGGCAUCGAGCAAUGUGGAGGGAUAUAAAAACACAUUUGGCUUCAAAAAUGAGAUUUGGGGCUAAGAAGAAACGUAGCUGGCAUUGAAAGAAGCUCUGGCCCUGAAAACAGUAACUCUUAAAAGAAUAACAGAGGGAUUCAAAACAAUUUUGUUUUAUUUUUUGUGAGUUUUUCUCUUUUUCUUUUUGUAAGUUUCUGUCAAUCUCCUCUUCUCCUUUGUUCAAACUUUGUAGGGGAAAAAAUCUCCGAUAGUUUUCCAAACUUUACUUUGGAGAUAAGUGAGACCAGACCAAUAAUGAAAAAUAAGUCAACUUUUAAAAAAAUCAAAAUAAGCCAAUAAAAUAUAAAUGUGAAAAAAUGACAAUGUGGCUGCUAAUAUAACAUUGAGAGUAUCCAUUCAAUGAGAAUAGAGAACAUACAAGAGUAAGGAGCUGUGCGAUGGAGAGGGACCCUCAAGCAAAGACGAGGGAAAAAAAAGGAAAAGAAAUGUAUUGUGAGAUGUCAGUCGAGGGCCUGUAGUUGCUAAGGUAAAGUCUAAGAUUCAGUGACUUAUUGUACGUCUUUAAUGGAAGUAACUGCUUACAGAAAAAGAAACAAUUACAGACUACUUUCUGUCUCUGAACACCUUGUGUAACAAGUGGCACUUAAAUCACAGCAGAAAUAUCAGCUUCUUUGUUAUAGACUCAGGGCCAACCACUGAAAAACAAUGUUUUUUUAUUAACACUGUUUUUGACAGUAACUACUGUUAAUGCCUGAAAACACAUUUGCAAGGUACAGCUUUACUCAUUUUUUUUUUUAAUCUGAGUGUUUGAAGUCGGAAAUAAUUCCUCCACAGUAGAAAAACAGUGGGUGAGAACAUCAACCUUACAAACUUCAUGACAUUUGAUCAAAAUCUUAAAAAGAGCUUUCUGUUUGAGGGAAAAGUAUUAUACACCCACAUAAACAAGAACACACACCACAAAAAGAAGUGACCUUGGGGCACUGACUCACAAAGUGUUGCUAUUCUAUCUGCAUAUUUCCCACAUCCCUUUAAACGUUUGUAUGUUUUUGUCUCUGUACGUGCAUCAGAAGGUUAAGUUUACACUCCUUUUCAGAAAAGAAAGGUGUAAUCAAUUUCUUAGAUUUUUGACAGAGCAAUCUCAACCCUUUUUUUUUCAUCCCUUCACCUGAAAUGACACAUUUUUCUUUUGUGUCUUUUGAUCAUUGUGUUGAUGUGUGUUUCGCCUUGAGUUUAGGCCAUGUUUGUGAGUAUAUGUGUGUGUGUGUUGGUUGGGGUUUGUGUCUUAAAGUUGUAGCAAUGGGAGGGAUAAAAACUUCAAAAGUAAAAAUUUUCAGAGUGAGCCAAAGUAUUGCAUCAUACAUGAUCUGCUCUCUUCACCUGCAGACAAACAUCACCCACAUAAAUUUAGUUUGCCCCAGGCUGGGCUGCGCUGAUGUGGAUGACGUUAUGUCCAUCUUAAACAAUUUGCUCUGAUUUCAGCUGCGGCCUGACUGCACUUUAAACACACUUUGACAGCCCCUGUUUAAAUCCUCUCAUAUGGUUUCGAGUUGUGUGUAUGUGUGUGUGUUUACUCUUACAAAAACAGCAAGCAUCCAGAUCUUUUCUACUUCCCUGCUUCCCAGACUUUGAGUGUGUGUGUCUACGUACAUGAUUGCAAAUGCAUGCACAGGCAUGCGUGUCAGAAGAGCUCAUUAAAACUGUAUGGGAGCUGAUGUCGUACUCCUGCUCCACUGCUCCCAUUUCCACAGAGCUCCCCACAUGUUGCCAGGUAAUCAGGCGGGCGCCUACAUGCGGCUCUGCGCCCGCCACUGCCAACAAGCUGAGGUUCAAGGUUAUAAACACAGUCUCUGCAGCUAAUUUCUAAUGUCAUAUUCAUGUUUCCUGUUGAGAAGCGAUUUAAGAACUGCUAUCCACAGUUUAGUAAAGAGCUGACUGAACCUUUGAAGUUCUGAGUUUGAUUUCUUUUGCUCACCUCUUCUCCUCUUUUCACCCCUUCCCUCGCUCUCUUCCUGUCCCCACCUGUCCUCCUCACAGGGGAGCACCUGCGCAUCUGUCCCCAGGGUUACACCUGCUGCACCAGUGACAUGGAGGACAACCUGACCACACUGAGCCGCAGGGAGAUGGAGGGACUACUCAAAGAGGCGGGUCGCUCCUUACAGACCUCGCUCACAGGACAGUACAAGAUCUUUGACGGUAAGAGAUUGAGCAAAUGAAAAGUAAGACUAAGCGUGUGCAUGUUCCUGUGUAAUGUAGUGAGCUUUGAUAGCAUAUAGUCGCGCUAAACGUGUCUUUAUAUUUUAAAGUCUUCAUUCAGGUCAUAUUGGACCUACACACUGAUGCGGACAUACACACCCACACAGACUGACAAUAGUGUAAUAGGAAAGUUAAAGACCUUUCAUUAUGCUGUCUGCAGAUUGAUGUAAGGCAUUGAUUUAUUGUCAUGCCUCAACAGAGGAGGCUGGCAAUGCCUCUCAGUGGUGUUGACAGAAUGCAGAGCUGUUUUAUUCUUUCAGUUAUUGGAGAAUCACGUCUGCAUGAUCUGAUCUGAGGAAAAUUUGACACAAAGAAUAACCAAGUUUGGUGGUGUCCCCAUGCUACCGGGGGACACUAUGCUUGCCUGGGUUUGAGUCGGUUUUCAAACAGGGAAUAUAUUCAAGUAUUUUGAAGUUAGCGUAUAUGAUACUGGUAAGUAGGGCUGGGCGAUAAACUGAAAAUUUACAGAUACUGAAAUUUACGACAAUAACCAACAUCAUUUUGCCCAUAUCGGUAUAUUUGGUGUCAAAAAAAAUAAAUGAAUAAAAGUUGUUUUUGGAUGUGUGUUGGUGGGCUGUGGUCUCAUGUCCCUUUAAGAUGCUGUUCUACGUCAGAGACAUGACUCCACCCCAUCCAGUCCAUAACAAAGAGGGAAAGACAGAUGAGGAGAUGGAGGACGGUUCGAAAGUUGGAGCGGCUGGAGCGGUGGCUGAAGUAGACAAAGUUAAUGUGGGAGUGGAUGAGCAGCUCGUAGAGUAGUUAUCUUCCGUUUAUCAUUACCGAACCCAGCCCUACUGGUAAAUCUUUAGAGCAAUAUUUAAAGAUCCUGUUGCCUUCAUAAUUUAACAGAGGAUUUGGUAUUUGUAUGUCUUUAGCUACAAGGCCGUUGGACCGUUUUUAAAUUUUGGAGUGCAAAAACGUUGUCAAAGUUAGGGCUCCACUGAAGUUAAACCAAGACUCUAACUCUUCCUAAAUGUGUGUAUAUUUAUGUUAACACUGUUCAAUGUAAAUUGAAAAUCAUAAAGGAGUAUUUCAGCCUCAAACGGCCUUAGCAAUCAUAUUCACAGUAUGAAUUUUAGACAGUGUAUAAUUAUUUGUUUCAUUUUGCUAAGCGUUGGCAUGUGUGUCACCGUUGCCUGGCAGCUUUUAUUUAUUUUUAUUUUUUUUUUUUUUCAUGAGCUUUUACAAACCUGAAAACUGUCCUUAUCUUAACAGCAAAUCCAUUGGGUUACAAAUAAUAGCACUGAAAAGGGUAAAAUAUCAGAACGACAUGUCAUCAAGAAGGAGGAUGAGUGUGACAGAGGUUUCAGCUGUGCAGUGGAGCCGUGCUCUGACUGAGUCUGACAGUCUGACAGAGAAGCCAGGACCUAAUGGGCCCUAUCAUACACCCGGUGCAAAGCAUUUCAGGGUGAAGUAUAAGUGUCAUGGUUAUUUUCCGCUGCCAGCCGCCAGUUUAAUGCCCAGCACCCACAUGUAAGCAGCAAUGAGCUUGUGCCCACAUUGGCACCUGUGGGUGUGUUGGUCCUAAAAUGAGGUGCCAAAAUCUCCAGACUGAGACUGUUGCCAAGCUCUGCGUCAUGCCUUCUAUCAAACGACACACACAUCGACGAGCCCACACACAACUACAGAGGCAGUUCUUACAAUCAUUAUCUGCUAACUUUGAACACUAAGUAUACUUUACACAAAACAAAGUACAGUCGUGUGAUCUAGCUAUAAAAAUAGAUAGACUAACAGCCUAGCAUCCUUUAAUGUAAAUCCCAUUAAAGGUUGUCCAAUACUGUCAGCAUGUCCCAGUUUUAAACUAAUUAAUGAAGUUACACUUUGUCCUGUGCAGUCUAGAUUGUAACUUUAUAGUGUUCUUCUCAAAUAAACUUGUUAAUGAUGCAAAAAUAAUGGUGUUAGAUUUAGGACACGGGCAGGGGCAGCAGAUGGAGAGAAGAAGAAACUGUAAGAUAAACAAAAAUAAGCACACCUGUGACAAAUUCGCAUGGUUGUGUGCGGAUAAAUAUGUAUAUGUGCUCACUGUGAGGACAUAAGUAUCCAAAAUUAUCAGUGCAAGUGAUGUGCAGUGUUUGACCCAACCUGAUAGUGACAGCAAUACUUUCACUUUCACUCUUACAUUAUAUUUUAAGUUUUUUUUUGCUUAUUAAAAUCAAGAUAGAUUCUCAAAUCAGUUCGUUUUCCUGCAGAUUUGCACAUUUUCAUUCCAUUUCCCUGCGAUGAUCCGAUUGAUCAUGCUGUGAUUUAUGCUAUAACGAGAUUCACUAUACAAUGACAUGCAUAUUUUAAUGUUAUUUUAUCCGAAGAACAAAGAUGGAAUAAAUUAGUUUUUAAUUUGACCCAGAAAAUGGUAGAAUAUCAUUUGAUUCCGAUGUGCGUUACUACAGUAGUGCAACAGCCAUCCUAGUAAAACAAUUUCAAUUCUUGGAGUGUAGUAGAGAAGAGUCAAAAUAGUUCAAAACAGUAUGCAACAUAAAAUCCAGACCUAAUUACAUUGUCCUGAGUGAGAGAGAAGAAAUCAGAGAGGCAGCGAGAAAGAAGAAAGAAGGGUGUUCAAUCUUAGAACAAUGGAGCACCGAGGCAAUUAUUUGUGUCUAAUGACCUGCUCCAGUUAAUAGAAGGGUGUCUCUGUGCUCCACUCGUUCCCCUUGGCCAGUUGGUGACAAUGUAUCUGUCAGCUGGGGCUCUGAGCUUGGCUAGUUAGGCUGACCUUUUCAGAUCACAGUGAUUAGUAGCAGAGUGGCAUUUCUUUACUCUCCUGUGAUCCCUCUGUGUACUUCUGCCUCUCAGCCCCUCCUCUUCACUCAGGGGGCUGUUUCGGUGCCAAAGGGGUGUCACCCAGUCAAGCGCACAGAAACACAGAAACACACACAUUAACACAUUAAAACAGACUCUCACAAAAACCGUCCUGGAAAUUCAAAUUCUCUUCAAGUGAGUCGUUCUCAUCCCGUUAAACUCCUAAAUUCUUGAAAUCUUAAAAGGCCUGCUUAAUGAUCACCGUUUUAAAACACAGACUACAGACACACACUCAAACAGCACUUAGCUGCGACCUCUAAACACUUUAAAAACUGGUAGAUAAAUACAAAAAGAGACACGCCAUGAGCAAGAUAGCUCGUGUUGCCUAACAAUGAAGUCAUCUGGCUCUCGGUUUUGUUGUUGUAUGCCUGCCAGAUGUGUUACAACAACAGAUUUCUAAUAGCUGCUGUUUUGAAACAGAAAUUACCAGAGUGUUCUUUUUUGUUGAUUUCAUAUCAGGCCACAACUGUUUAUCCUCUCCCCUCCUCUCCUCUCUUCUCCUCUCCUCUCCUCUCCUCUCCUCUGUUUUACAUUUUUUUCCUCCCCCCUGUUCUGAUGUCCCUGUAUCUCACCCCAAUGAGCAUCAGAUGGGGAGAGCCGGAGCUGAUGGAGGGAGGAGAGAUGUAUAUGUGUGUUGGGACCUUGAGGUCUAAAAACCAUCUGUUGUUGACUGUGUCCUCCGAAGGCAAGAGCUGAGCGAUAGACUGGGGUUAAUUGGACCAAAAUACUUCACGUUUGCGGCCACAUGAUCAGUGAAAAUUUGGCAGGAUGCAGCGAUUCUUGCUAAAGACAUCCUGUUGUUAAACUUUUGCUGUUGAAAAGUGCAAAGUAAGAUGAAUUACCCCUGUUACAAGCUUGAAUAGAUUCCCCCUUUGCCACUUUAGCAGACGAUUGAUAGCACAAUGAUUGUAUUUUUAAAGGGUUUUUGACUCAUAAAUAUUAUUACGAGGAGCAUAAUCCUAACCAAUCAGGUUCAUCUAUGCAGUGACAUUGUACCCGGCUGCCAGUCCCUACACAUCUGGCUGUGUUUAGCAGGGUGUGGGCUAGCUAGCGCCAUGUGGCUAAGUGUAGGGUGUUACUGUUCCAGCCCAGGCAGGCUCGGCCUUUUUAGGUCCAGAGACUUUGGAAGAAACUCCAACCGAGCAAGCCACAGAUUAGAGGACCAGCAUACUCUGAUACAGCUGGCUGUGAGCCUGCGAGUGUGUGUACUGUAUAAAUGCGAGCAGUCGGAUAUGUGUGUAUACGCAUGUGUCUGUAAGUUUGUUAUUAUGUGUUUGUCACUGUGUGGGUGAGUGAGAUGGUUGUUGUACACAGUGUGUGUGUGUGUUUGUGGUUUGCACUUAGUUCUCUCAGUCCCUUCACUGUCAGUCAUACUAGUACAUAGUAAAUAAUGUCCUACAUUAAACAAAGAUGAAGUUUAUUAUAGAGGGGAGGGCAAAGAUGACAAAGAAGAAAGAAGACAAGGAAGAUGGUAAGAGGUAAACAGGUGGAAGAGGAGAGGGGUUGCCAGAAUGAGAAAGGAGAAAGGAGAAAGGAGGUGGUGUUACAUUGAAGUAAGAAGAAAAAGGUCAGAAAGGACACAGAGAGUGAUGGCACCGAAGGGAGCAGCGUGUUAGAUGGCAACCAGGUGUGUUAGACAGACGGAAGCCUUAAACCUGGCAGGUGGUGUUUGGCCUAAUGGUGCCAUCGCUGGCAUCUGGAUUCACUCUUUAGGUGUGUAAGUGCAUGUCUUUGUAAGUGUGUGUUUGCUAUAACUGCUGCCUCAAGUAUUAUAACGCAAAAAGAGGCUCUUUAAUAUGUGCUGAGUUGGAUUGAUCACUUAAAUAUGCAAAAAGAUAGUAAGAAAAAACACAAAGAAGAAUCUCUAACAUUGUGUUUGAGAGUUUUUAAAGUCCCACUCUAAUCGUUCUUUUUUUUUAUUACUUAAACUGUUAUCAGUGGUCUAUAAAUUGGGAUUAUUACAUUUUUAGCCAAAAUCACGUUAUCUGUGUCAUUUUUAAGGGCUUUUCCUUUUUCAAACCUCCAGUAGAUCAUAAGCAGUUCGCCUCUGAGUCCUGGGCAGAGAUGGUGCUGCUCUGCACACUUCUCUUCGUGUUAGCUUGCAGCCUAACAUUGCCGGUGUAAUAGAAGUAGCAGGUAACAUAGAAGCUAUUCAGCUCUCGGACACUAAUGUCUUUAGAGGCAUGAUGAAAACUAAUAUCAUAAUUAGCUUUCUUACAAGCAUUGCAAUCCGCUAGCGCAGACGUUUGUUCUGGGAUUGUUCUCUCUAUUUCUCCGAGCCUAGUUCUGGGGGCGGAGCUUGGAUUUUCAAGGUAGGAAAUCUCACUGUAUCUGAACCUGCUGUUUGGGUCUGCUGGAGAUUUACAGCGAUUUGAAUGCAGAGAUACUCAGAGAUGCAAUUUCGCACUUACUUUUCUCAUGAUAUGUCCUGUAGUGUCAGAAAAAUGCCAUAUGAACAUGUAGACAAGAAAAACACGAUUUUCAUUGGAGUGGGUCUUUAAAAAUGACUCCACUGUAAAAAGAUUCUGUAUUCAAAUCCUGACUUCUUACUAAUGUUGUCCUUUAACCCCAAACUGUGUCUGGCCUGUGACUCAGCCCUGUAAUAAUGAAAGGCAAUCUUAGACAUAUUUAAACAUUGCCUAAUCGGAUUGUUUUUAACAGCAGCUAGCAGCAUGAGUUCUGAAGAGCCGAAACAGAAAGUCAGAACAUUUUGAAAAGUCCUUUUUUUCAUGCUUUGGAUUUGCAUGUUCUUUGUCUUACUUGACAACACGCUGAAAUUUUAAGGGUUUCCGCUGUUCCCCUAAAACACAGGACACUGCGAGACUGAGGGAACGUUUAAAAGAUCAAAUAAUUUAUUAUGUUCAUUACAGAGUCUGUUUUAUGUAGAUACGCAGCGUUCAGGUCAAAUAAAGCGAUCUCAUUCUGAUCUGAAUCAUCAACACACAAGUUUAAACACACAUUCAAGUGCUGGCACAAAUAUUUAUAAGCAGCCAGACUGUUAUUGGAUGAUGUUUCAGCCGGUUUUAGUUCAAGGCAGAUCAGCGGUCAUAGAGCUUAAUCAGAUUUGAAGAGUACUGGCUGGUCCGCCGGCAUAUUGGUACACUCCUUUUAAGAUGACCAGGCAGCACUUGCUUAUUUAUUCAUUUAAGUCGAGCUCUGAAUAUCUCCCAGCUGGCCUGUUAAGCAACACCGUCUCCUCCCAUGGAGCUAAAACUGAGGCUGAGUGAUCCAAAGGAAUGAAAUCAAGCACAUUCACAUGUACCCUAUCCGAUUUGGUAAACAAGGGUUUAAACUUGGAUGACAGGACAAGUCUGCAGGACCAUUAGUGUUUGAAGCAGUCUGCACUUGUAAUAGAAAUGUAAUGUUUUUGAUGACAGCUCUGUUAACUAUGAGGAGUGUUCACAGUUAUUGCUUAUAUGAUUGCUUUUACAGUCAGACUUUAGACUUAUACAGAAAGUGCUGCCUUUGUAAUGCUGGCAGUUCAAAACCACAAGUGCAUGUUUCCUAUUCUGCUUUUAAACUGUCAGAACUAGACGUGUUGCUAUAUUUUAUCCUAGUUCUGGGAUAUGCAGUAAAUGUAUAUCAUGUGACUCCAUAUGGUGAAUAUUCUUGACACUUCUCUGCAGACUGCUCUGUCACGCAUGUUUGUUUCUCCUCAAAUAACACAAAUGAGACUUCCUUCUCUUAAUUGAUAGUCAGAGAGUAAUAGGAAAUAUUUGCCACAGCACACUUCUUUUUUUUGGUAAAUAGUGUAGCAGCUUGCUGGAAGCUCUGAUUCUGGGAAAAUGCAGCACUGUUAUGCCAAAGAGAGCACUUUCCGUAAUUUGCAAGUGUGGAGCAUGAUUCUCUGGGUUGGAGCGAGGAGAAAUCGGAGCAUAUGAAUAUAUUUUUGUCGUGUGGUUGACUUGCUUUACAUUCAACUGUGCAUUUUUAUGACACAAUGAGGAUAACAUUACCACAAACUACGGCCUUAAAAUUGAUCUUAAAUUCAAUGAAAGCCACAGCUAAAAGCAUAUUUUUGAUUCAUUUUACUCACUGUAAUGUGAUUGUUUUCUAUCCAGAUUUUAUCAAUCAGACUUUAUUUUUAAAGCCCUUUUUUAUAUAGUUAUAAUGCAACACUAAGCGCUGUACAUUAAAAGAAAGAAAUUAAUAUGAAGAGACCUCCACACUGAGAGAGAUAGGGUUUUGUUUUUACAUCAACUGAGUAUAUCACAGCUAAAAGGAAAUUCAGGAUCGCUCGUGAUCGCUCAUUUUGGUACCAAACUGUUAAGUCACAACAGCUAACAUAAAUAAAUGAAUGAAACCUUUACUGCACUAGAGGAUAGAAACACAUAAAUGACAAAUACCUCAAAGGCUGUACAAGACAACACAUAAUAAAUAUGAAAUAAAUGUAUCUGUAAAAGUACAUAAUUAAAGCAUUGCAUGGUAACCUGUGAGUAAUAGCAGGUACAAAGUUGAAAAAAGUACAUAGCGCAAAGUUCAAAACAAUAGCGCCAAUUUACUAACUUAUACCAUAGACUGUUUAUACUAUGGACAUCUUGGUUCCACCUUCCGCCAGUAUGUGGAUUUGAAGCCGAAAAGCUCUCGGUAUUUCAGUGAUUUUUCUCCGCUUCCUGAAACCAACAUUGCGCAGUAGUGUUGUACGCACUCCACCACUUGCACAAUAGCAUUGUGCGCAUUUGGCGAAAGAGUCGCCGAAAGCUGCUGUGAUGACACUCGGUUCAAACAGCGUAUCCCCGGGAGAGCUACGCAAUCUUCGUACGCCCAUAGGCUGUAUCGAGUGUCAAUCAUGGAAAACACAACCCCCCCAAAUAACUUUUAAAAACAGACAGUCUAUGGCUUAUACUAGCUACCAAUGGAUACAUUGCAACAGCUAGCAUUAGCAUUUACCCAUUCCUAGCCAUUUAACCUGACAACUGCCACACUGUUCAUAGGCUAAUGAUGGUAUUACGAGGAAUCUAUAGAUAUACUAGGAUAUGUCACACCAAGUAACACAUUCUUACCUUGGGUAUAAAUCACUGUGUGAAUAAUCUGAGGUCAAGGCCGGUUUCUCUUUUGCCCAAUUUGACCAAGUGUGAUUCUUUUAAUUUCAGCCAUUUUACCUCAAUAAGGCAUCAUAUUUGAUUCACACUCCCACCUCUUGCCGCCCACCUUCUUAAUUUCCUGCUUUCAGGGUCACCUCUGAUGAUGUCACAAGAGACAAGGACAUCUGCUCCCAUUGUGGAGCUUGAUUGGCUCACUUUAUCUGCAUGCAAAUCACGUCGGUGGGGACCAGGAGUGGCCUAAUUAUGCCAAACACACUACUCAAUUGGAAGGAUGGGGACUUGGAAGGAUUAAAUGAAUGAAAGAAAAAAAGGAAGAAUAAGAGAGAAGGAAAAAGGAAUGCAAAGUUCGAAAGGACGGUAAUGGGGAAAGAAGUGGAAAGUAAGAUGAGAUAGAGGGAAAAAGGACAAAAUGAUAGUGAGGGUAAGGAAUGGUAUGUCGUUUAGGGGGAACCAAGCAAAGGGAAGAGCUGAAAAUGCUGAAAAAGGGAACCAGAUGGACAGAAAAAGAAACAGGCAUGGGUAAAUUGUGCGUAAUACUUGCCAGGGAAAGUCACAAGAGAGAAAACGAGACAGAAGAGGAAAGACUACCGCAGAGAGCUGCUUGAUAAAUGACAUGCAUUAUGUGAUGUGUCGGCUUGUUUAAUAUAAGCCUCCUUUUAAUAGCAUCUAAAUGCUGGCUAAGGGGCUUUCAGUGCUUCUGGGGCACAGUAUGUGUGAGAUAAGUGUUGUUAUUGAUGGAAACUCAGCCUGACAUAUAAACAGUCUAAUGGCUCCCAGAUCAUCACUUGUGAAUUCAGCGUGCCCAGGACAACAGUGUUUGUUUAUGCCUGUUGUGUUUAUGUGUUCAUUGUCCAUGCACAGGUGGGGAAAUAACAAAGAGGAAGGCAGAGGAUGCUGGGUAACUGUGGAUGGAGGGUGGUUAUGGUUGAGAAAGUAGGGAUCAAGAACCAUCUGGUUCUUGCUGAAGAGGCUGUGAGUGGGAAACAAAGUAUGGGCGAGCAUUCCUGUGCAUCAAAUGUUGGUUUUGGGUUUUCUCUGCCUUUCCUUUCUACUAAAGAUCCCAAAGUUUACCUAAAAGACGGGAGGGCUUGUUUCUGAUCUUUAAUAGGGCAUCUCAGUGCUUUCUUUAAAUUAUUUAGAUAAACCAAUUAGGACAGUGGUAAGGCUCUGGGCUAUGGUAAUGUGUGUUGAUUUGUAUUUCUCACAUCAUGCUUUAAGUGAAAGUCUUUGGAGUGUAUUUACUGUUUGCCAAACAGCUUUUUUUUCUUUUUCUUUUUCCUUUUUUUUUUUUUUAACCACAAAUUUUAUGCAUGACCAAAUGUCUCUUGAAUUUUUUUGCACUUUUUACUGAAUGUUGGCAGAUUCAUGAAAUCUAGAUAUGAUGGCAUUGAGCUCACAGGUGGUGUGACAGAGAUACACAGCCUUAAAUCAGUGACUCUGAGUCACAUGAGUGGUUACAAACCUCUUUAAAAAGCAGUGGAGAAGUUGUAAAUACUCUCCAGAGUCUAAUGCAGCCAUCAGGUCGUCAUCAUGAAUAUAAACUGUGAUUCUGACCAGAGUAAAGCACUUAAACUGUUGGUACUGUCUGCAUGCUUGUGCGUCAAAUUUCAGCACACCAAUGCCACCUGAUAUUCUCCUCCUCUCCUUUUGGCAUAUGCAGCAUCUUUUGCUCCCUGUCUCUCUGCCUUUCUCCUUCCUGCCAAAGAACCAACCCACUAAUACGAUCAUUGAGCACUUGUCAAAUGAACAAAUAGAAUUAAGGCUGUCAGAUAUGAAAGAGAUAUACAAUUGCUGCUUUUGCAGCCCUGUUUUUCCCUCUCCCACUCUCUUUUAUUCUCUCCACGAUUUUCCUUUUCUGUUCAAUCCUCUCUUGUCUGGUGCUCUGCCAAAACUCAGUUUAUCUGACAAGUUACUCAUUUAGUGUUACAUUAACGGCCUUUAACUGAGGUUACAUUAUGCUUAAGCAGACAUGCUUACAACAGUGCAUGAAAAUCUUUUUAGUUCUCUCUACCGUUUCUCUGCGUGGGUUGCUUUUCCUGUCAGAAAAAAAACAACAAAAAAAACUUUGUAAUUCAAAAAUUAAGCCUUGCCAGGAGUUGGAUUGUAUAUUUGACUUAUUUUGCAGUCCUUCUGCGUGGUCCCGGGUGCUUCGGAUAAUUUCCUGCACAUGUGAGACAACGUCAACUGCCAAAUGGAGGAAACAAACUCAAAAAUGAGUUUUCACAGGAGGCCUGAAAGUUUGGUGAGAACAGACAAGUUGUAAUAAAGAACCAGCGAAUUCUUGCCUGAGCGUGAUUACUUCAUCAUCACUUGGUUUUAGACCAGACUGUUCAAUCAGGCUGUGUGAGCUGUUACUUUAUUAGACAGUGGCAAAUGUUUCCUGACUUGCUAAGCUCCCAGUAUGAGAAAAGUGAUUCUGGAUUAGUUUGGAAUGAGCAGCACAAGCCUCGGUCAGUUAAUACAGCUGUGUGAAAAAAGUAACUCGGGAUCAGUCAAAGCCCUUUGGUGCGAGUGAUUGACAGCUGGAUGAACAUCGGCGAUCACAGACAAUCUGUCGAUAACUCAAUUUGACACAUAAGAAAGAGGAAUGAGGAGAGAGAGAGAGAGCACUUGAAUGUAGAGGCUUCUCCUCUGGUUUAAAGCUUUGCAUUGAUUGGUAGAAGACUAAGAGAGUGUGGGGGAGUGUGAAAUUCUUAAAAUAUGAUACAAUGCAAUAUGAGGGUUUGUGUGAGCACUUCUCUGUGUGUGUGUGUGUGUGUGUGUGUGUGUGUUUAAUCAGGUUUAGCAGCAGUGGGAUGAGAGAACGUAGGACUGGAGUUAAAAUAAGCUCCUGACAUGUCAAGGUGGCCUGGAUGUGAAGCUCAGAGUGAUUACAAAUGAAAUCAUUAACUCCCCUCUCACCGCAGGAAGAAAGUCAUUAAGACACACAUGCCUGACUUGGCUUGUUCUCAGUGUGUGUGUGAGUGUGUGUGUUUGAACUGGAGGAAUAAAAGGCUGCAUGUGCAGAAGGAGACUUUUUGUUUCUACUAUCAUGUGAAAGACAAAACUGCUGCAGUUAUUAAUGAUUAUGAGAGUAAAAUUGUUAAUGAUUAUGAGUGUGAAGUUAAUGUGGUAUGGAGAACAAACAGCUCAAAUCUUAUUACACAAUCAAUUGGGAUUUAUUCCAACAAUAUUGCAAAAUCACAUAUGAAAUACUUAAACCUAUCUUCAAAACAAUGAGCGUUGUUUUGCAAUAAAUCCGACCCAGAUAUAGUGGCUUAUAGAGUGAAGUUAUUAGAUAGACAAGAAAGAUUCCCAGGAGGAUCUUAGAAUGAGAACAUGGAAUACACAAUAGGUUGGAUAAGUUUCUUUUCUUUCUUUACAUAUUUACUUCCAGUGUUGGGCAAGUUACUUUAUAUUGGCAGCUUAGUUACAGUUACUAGUUACUUCUUUCAAAAGUACAAUCAAUUAUUUUAAGUUACUUGUUACUUUCAAGGUAAGUAGUUACUCGGGAAAGUAACUUUAUUUAUUAAUUUUUUUUUACUCUAAAUUCUCUUAUUAAUGUGUUGCCUACCUUACUGGAUAGCUAAGGAGGCCGCCAGUCCUCUGACUUGCUAAAUCAAGCUUUCGUUGUUUUUCUGGAGUGGCUCCUAUUUUAGCGUCAGGGAAGCUAACCUUAGUAGCAUCACCCGUGUUACCUUCAGGGUCUUUUUCAACUAGCUUGGUGGAUGCGUGUUGUUUCUGAAGAUGUUUCAUCAGAUUAGAAUUGCUUGUCUUUGAUGUGGCUAGAGUUUUCAAACCUCCACAUAGAUUACAGGUCAAAACAAUAUUCCUCCUUUUGUCUUUUACUGUCAGAAAAGGAAAAUAAUGUGCAUAUUCCUAUGAGAGAAAUCCCACGCCUGGACUGUUGUCGACUGCUGCCACUGUUGUUCUCAUUUAUUCACUUGCACGUCGCUGCGUCACAUGUGCUUCAGGUCCACCACGGACAUCGCGGUCCUGAAGUCACGAGUAACGAGCCUGUUUAAAUCGCAGUAAGGAUAAACGCGUUACUGAUUUCGACAAAGUAAUUAGUUAAAGUUACUGUAAUGCAUUACUUAAAGGGAUAUUCCGGUGUAAAAUUAAUUUAAUGUUGUUGACCCCUUGCUUCUCUAGUUAGACCAACUUUAGUAAGAACUGCACAAUAGCAAUACACAGCGGUCUGAGGAGCCAUAAACAAACCUCAACCAAAACACCACUCUAUAGCAACAAAUAAUGCUCAGAACAGCACCUAACUUCAUCAACAGUGCAUAUAGGGUCCAAGCCACUGCACUAGCCGCCAAACAUCUUUUUAACUUUGCCAUAUUUUUCUUUAGCAAACAGACUAAACACAACUCAACCACUCUCUUCCAGCAGCUACUUGUUUGUAGCAAGACCUCAGGCCAGUCCAUGACGGACCGCUGCGGGGUGACGCAGCUCAAGGAAGAACAUUUAUGAUCAUAGUCCUAACACUGUUUACUUCAAGAAUUCUUAUCCUGAUGAGGUUACUCUGAUUAUUAAUGGUCCAUGCAAGCAGAGCUAUUUUCAGCUUUUGUUCUAAUUUUAAAUGUGUAUACGCAGAGCAGGUGCAGUGAUGACUUCAGGGUUUAAAACCCUCUGAAAUCCUAACUUCGUUGUCCCCUUUGUCCCCUCGACACCUGGUGCCUCAGGACAGAGCAAGCGGCUGCCCUCUCCCAUUACUCCUCCCUCUGUGAGCAAUCACUGCAGGAGAGAGGAAAGGAGGGGCCUGAAGUGAGGCUUUGAGGGAUGACAGAGGAUUGGGGCGGGGGGGGGGGUAAAAGAAAGGGGGGGUAAAAUAAAGGAUGUGGUUGCCUGUAUCAUGGAAACACAAACAGAUGAAGAAUGAGAAAGGUCAUCUCCACACACAAAGGCACAUGCACGCACACUCGCGUACAGGAGGCUUUGUAUCAUACUAAUGAUCGUCAUUAUUCACCUAAGCUGAAGGCAGAGGAGAACUGGACGGGGGUGCUACCAUUUACCAAGAUCUGGUGUCCACGUGCUGUGAUCCCUUAGAGCGCAUAUAGAGACAAACAUGCCCCAACCACUUAAGGUCUGCCAGCAUAAAUUAACAGAGUUUGUUAAUGGGGCGAAUAACUUUCUGCUCAAUCACCUGAUAGCACAUUUUCUGCUGAAAGUCAUUUCACUUAGCCAAGUUUGGGGCUUUUUAACAGUAAGGCUGACAGUACCCAGCAGGAAUGAAUUCUAAUGUGGAUUAAAAGCAAAGCUGCACCUGUCAUAGCUGCUCCCAGUCUGUCUGUCUGCUUGCCAUCGUGCAGGAUGGUGUGUGUGUUUGUGUGCGCAGGGCUCUGAUCCGUGUGUGCAUCUGUGUACAAGCGAAUGUGCUGUCACUUUGAAGUUUGUCUCUUUGUGCACGUGCCUUUCUGCUGACUCCUGGAUGUGUGUGUGUGAUUGACGUAUCUGCAGCUCUCCUGGUACUCUGAGGCCAGCCCAGGGCAGUGUUCACAGAUAGCUUGAGUGACAGGAGGUCAAGGAACAAGGGGAUGAUGUGUCAUCUCGCAAGGCGGUCUUGCUACUAAACAAAUGCUGGACGUACUGGCCCUGCAUGUCAGAGGCAGUUAUCUCACUGAGUGUAAUAUUCCAAGAAAUGCGGUGCGUCACACUCUUAAGAUGUAGGCUGCAUUUAUUUGUUACCAAUUGCUCUGUGCUCUGCCUUUUGUAGCUAUAAUAAGGAGAUUAUGAGAAAUGUUUUCUCUGCGUUUUUUGAAAACUUUAGCAUCAAACUUUUCUGCCCUCAGGGAACGGACAUGUUUUUCUCUACCCUCAUUUAUUUAUAAGUACGCAAUUCUAACUGGGUCCUGCACUGUGCUUGUCAUAUUAAAGGAGGGCUUAAAACCACAUAGCUGCAUGUUUUGAUUUGUUUGCUGCAGUUUCUCUAAAUUUAAUUUGCUGAUUUAGAAACAAAAUAGAAAUGCCACAUUUAAUUUCAGUCCAAUUAUGAAGUUCAAAAUUAAAAGUUAAAAAUGUUUUUGCUUAUGUCACACUUAUAAGCUGGCAGAGUUUUAAGCAGUGCAGCAAAACGCUAAAUUUUUGAGCUCCUUAGGAUCACAUAUUUAUGCCCAAAGCUCACUGUGUAAAAAAGUGAGUGAGCAUCAAAAAGCAUAUGGCUGACAUUAUGCAAGUAGAGUUUAGAAAUAAUGUACACAGUCAUGAUUCUGGGCAUGAACCCAACUGAGGCAAACGUCAAAGAGGAACAAUUGGUCAUGGCACAUACUUAUGUGUUUGCAGUAGGGGGGGGACGUGACAUGAUGGGUCAGAAUAUGAGCUUUCUAAAAUGAAAAAAAAAAAAAAAGACACUUGAAUCCCAUCAUGUCUCCAAGAUGACUUAAGUGCAUUUUUCAGACAUCAGGUUAGACUUUGGAAGCUUUCACUAAGCCCAGAAUGACCCUUAAAUGUAACAAAAGCAAGGGUAUGAUUUACAGUAAGUCCCAAUGAGACUGUCUGCUUGUGGAAUUAAAAAUAAGUCCCUUCAACAUAACUCCUCUGCUGAAAGUAGACCUGUGUGUGAAAAUGCCAGAAGACAACAGCGGUGAAGCAGACUGUCUGGUGUUUAUUAAUGAGUAGGGAAGCAGAACACAGAUACAGUAUUCACCAAGGCCAGUGCUUAGAUAAUGCCAGGCAGAUGGGUCAGGAUGAGCUUAGCAUAUUAACAUGUUAUGUAACUCCAAGUGCUGUGUUUGUCUUCGGGCCCUGCACAUGUGGGUGUGGGGAGGGAGCUUUGCUGCUGUGUAGCUUAACUUGGCGAUUCCAUAUGUUGGCUUCAGGAUAACCUUUAAAGAUGUGUUGUUUUCGUGUCAUGACUAAGCGUGUUUGUGUAAUGGGUUUUUUGUGUAUGUCAUGAUAUUUUGAUUUAAAAAAAAAAAAAACAGCUUUGCGAAGCUAACUCCCCCACAGGGUGUCCCCUGUGGAGGCCAUAACUUUCCCCUUUCUUGUCCCCUACUGAUGUGAGCUUGUGGCAGGUAGAGAUAAGACACCUAGGGAGUAAACACGGCUGUGGGCUGCAGCUUACUGUCUUUCUACCACACACACACACACACACACACACACACACACACAGAGACUUACAUAUUCACGCACACUUGCAUAAAAAUAGAUACAUAUUAUCACACAUAAGGUUUGAACUCAUUGUAAAAAUGCAGAGCAAAUAUGUGCCCAAUCGUAUUGAUGGAUGGAUAGAUGGAUGGCUCUGGCAUACAUUGUUGUGUUGAACUUUCUGCUUCCUUGGCAGAACCGCUGCCUCAUUUAAAAACAUUGUUUACACAGAAAGUAGAAGUAGAAAUGUUUACGCCCCUGGCAACAAAAAAAGCUCAGAUGCGAGACAAAAACUUGAUAUGUGAAUGUCUGUGUCUUGAUACAACCUGUGACCCAUGAACCACAGUACAGUGAGUCAUCAGUUUUAGCUACAGUGGCCCGAUCUAUGAAAUGCAAUCUGAUAGAUGAGAUUAGAGUCAGUCGUGUGUUUUUUCAACUGAAAUGAUCGGUUUUGCUUGACUCUGAGUUGUUUUUCUUCAGGCUGUAGUUAUAAGUUGAAUUUUAUUACAUUGCACAGUAUAAUGCAUGUAUAAAAUCUCCCCAUCCUCAUACAUAUAAAUGGGGUUGACAAAGCAGUAGAACAUUGGUGCAGGAGGGUGGAGAUGCAGUUUGCUCACCCUGCCUCCAUUACCUUUUUUUGUUUGCAGCAGUCAAACUUCGACUAACUUCGACUACUUUUUCUUCCCCUCUACACUGACAGCCUGACCGCCUUUCUGUCCAUCUAUCUGUCUGUUUGUCUGUCUGUCUGCUUUGCCCGUAGCCUAUAUCUAUAAAUCCUCACUCUGAGCAUAUAGUAUAUGCCGCAUCCUGAAGCACUGUCAAAUCUCGGACAUUCCCCAGUGGGUUGCUCUCACUUAUUUAAGCUUUAGGUUGACUGACAGUUUCACGCAGUGUCAGUAUGCAGCAAAACUUCAUCACAUAUUUAUGUUUUUGAGUACCAAAAAAGUACAUGUACAGUGGGUGAGGAUGAAAGUGUUAGGCUAUGAAGUAAAAAAUCGCACAAAUACGUACAGACUUCAAAAUGAAAGUAUGAGUCGGAGGCACUUCUUCCUUUUUAACCGUUUAAUGUCUCUGUGUGUUUUUAGGUUACUUCCUGGAGCUGCUAAACCACUCCUCAACCAGUCUUCAGGAGACUUUCACUACAUCGUGGGGCUCCCUUUACUCCCAGAAUUCCCAGGUGUUCACUGACCUGUAUACAGACAUUAAGCACUACUACAGAGGAUCCAAUGUCAACCUGGAGGAGGUGCUCAAUGAAUUCUGGGCCAGACUGCUGGAGAAGCUCUUCUUCCAGGCAAACAAGCAAUAUUUCAUAGGUACAGCUAGCUUUUCCCCGUGGAGUAAAAGCAAAUGAACUCUAUUCUUUAUGUGUAUUCUGUGCUCAUGUGAAUAAUUCAUUGAAUGUGUAUGUUCAUUGCAGGUGAGGACUACCUUGAGUGUGUGUCUAAGCAGAUAGAAACACUGAGGCCAUUUGGAGACACACCCCGUACGAUGAAGAUGAUGGUCACGCGCACAUUUGUGGCAGCCCGUUCCUUUGUUCAGGGGCUGGUGGUCAGUGGGGAGGUUGUGCGCAAGGUGUCCCAGGUAAAAAAUCUUAGUCAUCACUCAAGAUCCUAAGCCGUUCAUGUUUCUUAGUAUUUUGCUUCCCCUCUUAUGUUGCGUUCCAGUUACCUCGGAAGUCGGAGCUGGGAAUGACGUUACACCUGAGUUGAUGGCGUUUCAAUAAACAAGUGGAAAAACCAAGAUGAACAGUUAUUGUUAGCCGUUGUUAGCUGUUGUUUGCAAUUGUUAGCUGUCGUUAACAGUUGUCAGUUGUUGUUAGCUGUUAUCAGUCAUUGUUAGCUGUACCAGCGCAUAACCUGGGAUUUCCACCGCAUCUGAAACGGCUUUGAUCCGGAACAGCGGCGAUAUUUGCAGUAAGCCAAUUCCUACCGGAUCAAUUUUUUGAGGGGAAUUUCGUGGCAGAUUACAGACAGCAGAAAACAUGAGAACUCUCAAGAACCCGUUGAUUCACGUGCAAACGCGUGAUAACAAGUUGUCUUUAGCCACAUAGGCUAACCAUAUAAGCAGUAGAUUGUGUCCCUCUGGAGGAGGAAAUCUACCUCUAGACUUAUAAAAUCAGCAUCCUCUCUAAUGCUAUCUAAAAACCCUUCACUUUUUCGUCCCCACCUGUUUGCAUGGUGUGAAAUACAAUUCACCUGAAACACGUGUUUUACUUUGAAAAGAAGCAGGAUGUUUUAUUUUGUGUCCGUGCCCAACUUCCUUUCCCGCACAGGUCAAUCUGUGAUAAAUUUAUCCGGCAUGCUCUGGCGUCCAGAAAAAAUGGAAAUCUUGCGAUAAGCCGCGUAGUCCGGUGAUCCGCAGCAGAACGGAAAGAAGCCAGUGAAAAUUGACACAUUAACUUAAAUGGUUACAAUCAGCUACGAUUAGCAGAUACAGCCUUUUCGUAGAUGUUCGGGAUGCGGUGGAAAUUGCCAGUAGCACAGUUUUUUACUCUUACAAACACUAUAGUACUGUGUUCACAGUUAGGCAUUGGGCAGUACAACAUAUACCACUUAUUUAAUUUCACAAAAACAAAACAGAAGUGCUAAUAAAUAAUACAUUACGAGAGCUUUCACUGUUACUCUUUACUGUUGAUGCACUGCGCUGCCAUCUUGGAUUAUGACGUUGUCGUCAAGUCGGGGUUGGUGAGAAUCGUCCAACUUUUCGAGUCGGAAAUCCGACUUCUGAGGGGCGUUCCAGAUCAAUUUCCGACUCGCAGCUCAGAAAUUCCGACUUUCGAGUAUAACUGGAAUGCAGCAUUAUUUUGCAUGGUAUUCUCUCCCUCCAGUAAUUAUAGUUAGAUCCUUUCCUCUAAAAUGACAAACAUCUUCUUCUCGUAAGUUUUAUUGCUUUUGAUGAGAGCCACAUUAAUUUUUACUGCUGUGAAGCUAAUGCUCUCUGCUCCGAUCAGAGGUUCAUUGGUAUUCCUUAGUUAAGGUGUAUUCAUCUCUGCGCAAACGCCUGGAUUCAUGAUAGGCCUGCUUCUACCAGCAUGUGCACACAGUAUAAAGCGGUGGCAGAUCAAUGUUGGUGGAAACGAGAGGCUCCAUAAAGCAUGGCCUGCGGCUCAGACAAUCAGCCCCUGCAACAACAGUUAAUGUCAGCGCCUCGCUGAAAAAUGUCUCCCCAGGCCACGGGGAGGGUUAAUAUCUCCCAUGAGGAAUGGUCCCCUCUGUGUAUAAGACAGGAGUAAGGUUAAGAUCAGAGCAAGACAGAGAAAUCAUUUGAGCUCCUGAAAGGGAGGUGGCCGGUAUUGAUGCAGCAGUGAAAAAUAUCUCCCAUCAGACACUGGGCAGGGAAAGUGCCGAGAGCAGUGGACCUUUGAGAAAUGCAUGCAUCCUUUGACAAAACAGAUGCUGUACACCGGAUGAAUAUUACAAUUCUUGCCUGCUGAAAAAUCACAAGGUCAGGCUGUGUGUAAGCACGAGAAGAUAAAGCUUGCGGGGAAAAAGCUGUAGCAUGAUGACAGAAGAGGUUGUGUGAAUACGAGGCCACGCGUUUGGAUGUGUGUCAAAUAACGAACCUACAUGAUCCUUUUCACUCUGAUUUAUGUGCUGUAGCUGAAAUUGUUCGGUACAAAUACUAAGCUGGUCCCAAGCAUUACUGUCAGGCAGCCUGGUUUUGCAUGUCUCCUUCUCUCUCUCUCUCCAGCCCAGAAAGUGUCAAACUUACACAAUAGAGCCCGCAGACAUCUCAAUUAGUACCUGAACGCAUUGAAACUAAGCAAAGCUACAGCUGCAGAGGAGUAAAGUCAAGAAUAGCCAUAAAGACGGAUCACUGAGAGAAGCAGGUUGAUAGUGGAUAAAAAGACACAAGCAGUGACAGCGACGACUUAAACUGCUUCACCUGAAGCUACAAGGAUCACGGCUCAAUUAGAGACAUGAUGGCUAAGACACGGACAAAAAAGAGGGGUCUAAGGUGGUUAACAUGGUUGAUUUCUUGAAGUGAUUCAGACUGAGGGUUAUGCAAAGAUUGGCAUAAUUAAGAGGUAGAGUUGAUUGACAGGUGGCUGUGAUGUAACUGCUCGCUGCGAAGCUCGCGGCCCGCCUCAGCUCCACCUCUUUGUCUGUUUCUAGGUCAGCUCAAGGUAGGGUUGAGUCAGCAUUCCCAAUUUGUCGUCUUUGAUUGGCUUCAAAACUGUCUUUCAGUUACCGGUGGGUAAUGUCCCUGAGACUGUUUUAUGCAGUUUAUGAUUCCUAUAUUCAGAUCAAGGUACAGAAACACACCCACACCUUAUCACGCUGCUGUAAUUUCCCCCCAAAGAAGAUUUGCAUAAAUUACCUACGUGUGGAUUCUUCCAUAUACCCUUUUCCUUGUCUGACGUGUGUUUAUUUUUGCUGAAGGACAGUGACUGAUGUGUUCAUUAAGCAAGCCUAAGUGUGGAGAAUGUGUGAACAAUUAGCACAGCUUUUACAAAAUUACAAAAUGUCAUCCCAGUGAUAAUGUCAUGCCUCUGGAGCCUCUGUGAACGAGGUCAUAGUCUGCCUUCUGCCCAGCUCACAGUCAUCGAGACUCAUUUGUGGUAAUACACACUCUGUAUUGUAAAAAUAGAGACCAUGAAAGAGUCGUUGAGUCUCUUUUAAAGGGAAUUUCUAAAUAAGAUUCGCUGAAAUGUUUAAGAGGACAGAAUGUCUGAGUAUCUCCGAGACAUUCAAGUCAAGGCCUGUUUGUUACAAUUUUUAAGAAGUAGAGUUUCACCAAAUGUUCAAUUUCAAAUCCAUCAUUUGUAGAUCAGGCUGUGUCCCCGUCUUCCUCAACACAGGGCCAGAAGUGUGUGUUUAUGUAGAUUGGAGCAUGGCUGUGCUGUGAUGGGAACAAAUGAGUGAGGAAGAGUGAGAGGACUGUAACAAAAGACUGCUGCAAACAGCAUCCUUUCUUGUCACUGUCUUAUUUACUCACUGCUUUAUUCUCCACCCUUUCUCUGAAAAUUGCACUGCAACAUUUCAGUUGAUAUUUCUCCAAGCUGUGCCCCGCUUUGUCCUCUCUCUCUCUCUCUGCUUUUAGUGUGAAUAGCUUGGUAUCCUAAUUUGUAUCUGAGUUUUUUCCUCCUUUCCUCGGUAACUCUGUCUACGAUUGAUUGGGCCCUAAUGAGACAACUGCUCCUAUUUAUAGCUAUGAAUCGCCACUUUAAGGGCCAACUGACUGAGGAUGUUUACCGCAGGCUGCUGCAGCGCCUGAGUGAAAGCUCGAGGAAACGAAACUGAGUUCCCUCCGUCGAUGAGUGUGCUCCAAAUGUUUUUCAAGGAAGUCUGUGUUUGCUACCAACUUAGCAGAAACAUGGCGUGCAUCCUUGCCAUGUUUAAUUUGGAUUAGCUAAGAAAAAAGGGCGUUGAAAGAGUAGAAAGGAAGCUGUGUUUAUGGCGGAGCAAAGAGGAGUGGGACUGGAGAUGCUUGGAAAAGGUGGGCGAAUUUAAAACAGAGAAAGAGACCUCAACAUUCAGAUACAGUCUAUCUUUUCGGCAUCAGAUCAAUUCCUCCUUUUGCGUCGCUCCGGGGCUGCACCAGUUGCUGUGUCCUCAACUUUUCUCCAAGCCUGUUUUUAUUCCUCGGGGAAUGGGAGUGGAGGAAAUAGGCCACGCGCCACAUAGCUCACUGUGGAGGCGAGGAGUCAGGAUUGGCUCACUCAAUAACACAUGGGGGAGAGGUCGCUCAUAUAUCCUUACUAAUUACAGAGGAGAGACAAGCAGAGAGAGAGGCAGAGACUAAGGUAUGAUUGCUGCGGGGCGAACUAUACAAUAAUUCUGACAGGUAUGGGGAGAGUAUUAUGGAGGUAAAGUAAGGACAAGAAAGAGCAUAGGUGUUUGAAAGUAACACAGUUAAGUCAGAAAACCUCACAUGCAAACCUGUUUGUGUGCCUUCGUGUACAUUUACUUGUUAGUUCAAGGGUUUUCCAUCUCCUGAGUGAUGAAAAUGUGGAGUUUCCCUUUUUUUAUUUCACAUUUUUAAUGUUUUAGUUACUGGUUUCUGUAACACUAACACUGAAGAUUGCACUCAGCAGAGUUUCUUACUCACUCUCAAAGUGGGAGUUAGCAAAAUACGAUCAAUUGCAAACAUUUACAAAGCUGCCAUGAGUGGAUUAACCCACCAGGUCUGAGAGCUGAUUGGUCAGUACGCAUGGUUUUAACUUAGCCCUGAAAACAUCAUGCUCUGAAGUAGGUUAGGCGUUAAGUCAAAGUUACCAUGGUGAUCUACCCCACUGGAGUGAACCACCUACGUAUGUAGAUCUGAAAACCUGGGGUUAACCCUGAAGUUUCAUAAAUAAUAGAAACGAAAAUCCAGCUUCAUAGUAUGCUCCCGUGGUGCAACACCUCUUACUUUAAUCUGACAUGCAACCCUCAAAAAGAAAUCAUUACAAGAAGGUCAAUACAAGAAGAGUUCUAAACACAGAAAGUUUAUGAACAAAAACAUAUAGAUGUAUAAACACUAACACACACAAACCCAUACUCAUUAAUUUCCAUUUCUGUUUCAGGAUCAUUAUCAACACAUAAAUCAAUUGAAACUGGUCCUUUGUUGCAGCUGUACAUCUUUUGGGUCUCAUUACUGUGCCUUAAUUUGACAGCCCCUCUCUCACAGCCCCCUGGUGCAGCUCAGCUUCAAGGUUACAGAGGAAGUUGUCAACAUGAACCUCCAAUUAGCACCACAGAAGAGUUACACACUGUUUCAUGUCUGCCAUGCCCAGCCCUGGGAUUCCCAGCAUUAAUCCUUUAGGAUGGAUAAUAUAGCACACACUAGAUUAAUGGCUGCCUAGUCUUAAUAAGUAUCUCAAUGACAUUACCCUGUUUUUUUUUUCACUUUAACUCCCCUGCCAACACCCCUCAGUGAAUCUUGUAGCUUUCCAAACAUCCUCCUGUAUCCCUCAUUCCCAGUGUUUUCCUCCACUCAUCCCUUACUGCACACUCCCUUUGCUCGCUCUCCUCCCUCACCAAAAAAGCAUUCGACUGACUCAUCUCUGGAUAAUGAGUGGUAGGGCAAGGAUUGGAGGAGGAGGAGGAGGAUGAGGAGGAGGGGGGCAGAAGUAAAGAUCUGACUCAUGUCUCAUAUGACUUGAGAUUAAGCCUGGGAAUGUGGUUAUUGCUUUCUUCUGUCACUUGUUUAACUUUAUGCUGUCCUCCUUGUACAGCCCGUAAGAAGCUGUUGGUUUCAUUUUUUAGAUUUAGGGAUCUUUUGGCUUGUGUUUUUUAGAUCUUAUUAAAAGUUGAAAGUUACUGUUUCUAAUGUGGGUGAGAGAUAAUUACAUUAAAUUUAUGUUGGGUACAACACUCAUAAAUAGUGAUGGGAUAUAGCCAAGAGGAAGGACUAACAACAGAUCAAUGACUUUUUAAAACACAUAUGAAAACUGCUAACAUUGCAAAGUUGCACAGACAAAUUAUACAAUGUGACAGAGGAACUGUCUUUGUUAAUGAUGUCUCUUUUGUUUUGGUCCAAAAGUAAUCCUCUUUAUAUUGUGAUACGCAGAGUAGGCUUGAACUCCGGUUAAAUGUUUCAUACAACUUUAAAGUGCUCCAAGUGUCUAUGAUUUAUUUUCCCACCUGAUCUCUUCUGUUGUCCUAUUUCCUAUGUAUAUUUGUUAAAAGCUGGAUUUAGCUGUGUCUUUGCUGUUGGAAGAACAGUUUCCAGGAAAAGCAUGAAGCUGGCCCAGAUGUCAGCUUAGAGGAGCUUUGUAUGCGUAGCUGGGCUUGUUCCACCUCUCUUUCUCUCUCUUUCUCACACACAAACACACACUCUCUCACUUUCUCACACACACUUCUUGAGGUUUUGUAUGCAUAGCUGUACUCUCUUGUGAACAGAGCUUACUGGUAUUAACCCAGUUUCACUUUUCAUGCACCAAGGCCCUUUCCUCGGGGAGCAGCCUUGUGGGAUAGUGAGAGAAAUGGAAGAGGCAGGAAGGAUGGAGUGAGGGUGUGAAAAUACUUGUAUGAAUGUCAGGCCCUUUUCAUCUGAUCUGAAACAAAAAGAGAAUUCUCCCAAAGUGGUUUCCAAGGAAACUGUGCUGAAUGAAAGUCUGGUGCAAGCUGAAAAAAAAGGUCGCCAUGGGAGGUGACCUCCCACGAUUUUGUAACUGUCAUUGUCUGGCUAAAGGCUUUUCCAUCUUCACAUAACACUUUGGUAAAGCGUGUAGCCCUGUACAGUCGCAUCAGAGCUAUUUAUGGUACCUCUGGUAAGUUUGACUAACGGCUGCUCUGAUUUACAUCUUUUAGAUGUUCAGAUCAAAUAUGCUCGACUAAAACCUCAUGAAUCACCCAGGUGCCGGAUAUUUAUUUCUGUCUGUGCCCUACCCCAGGUGCAGCUGAGCCAGGAGUGCAUGCGGGCCAUGAUGAAGAUGACUUACUGCCCCCACUGUCGCAGCAUGGCUUCGGCCAGACCUUGUGCCAACUACUGCAGCAACGUCAUGAAGGGUUGUCUGGCCAACCAAGCUGACCUCAACACUGAGUGGAGGCAUCUGGCAGGUGGGCAGCACACACACACACGCAUUCACCCGUGCUUCCGCUUCAGCCAAACGUUUGCUCAGAAGUUGACCCAGCACAUGGUGUUACUUUCUUCUUGAUGUAAAAAUGUUCAACCACCGCUCUUUGUAUAAAACCUUUCCUACUUUGUUCAUGCUGACUGUUCCUCCUGUCUCUGUAGAAACAAUGAUGCAGGUGGCCGAUCGCUUUGAUGGUCCGACUGGCGUGGAAAGUGUGGUCCUCUCUCUUCCCUCUCGCAUAUCAGAGGCCAUGUACACCAUGAUGGAGAAUAUAGACACUAUCAACAGCAAGGUCAGAGCACAAAUCAGUGCAUGCAUGAAGCUUAAUAAUACAAGUUACUUGUGCUCUAACAAAAAGGAGUUUGGUGUGGUUGGGCAGGGAGGACUAACACGUCUUCCUGCUCGAGUGUUUCGGCCACAAAUGUGGACGUCACUUCAACAUCUAAAACAGGUCCAAUAAUGAUGUCUAAAUCUUGGAUCCAUUUUGCAUGUUGUGCCGAUGUCUAGAGUUGGCCUUCAGAUGAUGUCCAAUUUCUAAACAUCAGAGCAACAUCUAAAAAAGGUCCAAUUUGGACACCGAAAUUUCUCAUCUAUGUUGCACGUCGGACUGACGUCUAGAUGUGGUCUUUGACAGACCGACCCAAUACCGACUUGAUCUGCACGUCUCUUCGACAUCCGAUGUUUGGUGGGAUGUCACCUUUAGAAGGCUCAGAGGUGACAUGGCUCAGCUUAGCUAUGCCAGCUUUCACUCCCAAACUGACCCAUAUGCAAAGAGGGAAACGAAAGAAAAACAGGCGGAAGAGUCUGUAGAGAGAUGCAGGAGAAGACAGUGAAGUAGGGCAGAGUGGUAAACCGAAAAUUUACCGAUACCGAAAUUUACAACGAUAACUGACAAUUGCCCGUAUCAGUAUAUUCAGUGUCGAAAUUUAAAAAAUUAAAUAAAGGUUGGUUUUGGAUGUGUGUUGGUGGGCUGUGGUCUCAUGUCCCUUUAAGACGUUGUCCCAUGUUGGAGACAUGACUCCACCCCAUCCAGUCCAUAACAAAGAGGGAAAGAAAGGUGAGGAGAUGGAGGACGGUUCGAAAGUUGUAGCGGCUGCUGAAGUAGACGAAUUUAAUGUGGGAGGGGAUGAGCAGCUUGUGGAGUAGUUAUCGUCCAGUUAUCGUUAUGGAGAUGAACUGCUCAAUAUAUCGUGAUUUUGAUUUGAGGCCAUAUCGCCCAGCCUUACAGUGAAGGCAUAUCCAGAGCAAGAGGCCUACAUCCCCACCAGAUUAGGCUGCAUGAUCUAGCUCCCCCUGCUCUCCUGUUUUAUGAACUGGACGAGCAUCAGUGUGUAAAUGUUCCUGUUAAUGGGUAAAGGACAUGUUAUUGUCAUCCUUCAAUAUUUACGUGUAAAAAAAAUUAUUAGUGUGACAAGUACCACUGCUGGAUAUGAAAAACCUCUGCUUGGAGGAGAGGAAUACACUUUUAGGUUUGCUAUUUAUAACAUAGUGAGGUGGUGUUAGAUGUCAUGUUAUUGUGUUGCUCUGGUAACAGAAUCAUUAUAUAAAUUAGAAAUAUUAAAAAACAGAUUUUUAAAACAGAUCAAGAGUUGUGCUGCAAACUACUUUAAAAAAAUAGCAUCUCAAGCCAGCCCAUGAGAAAGAACGUCCUGGUACACACUGGCAUUGUACCUGUCUAAAUGGACUAAAAUAAGUACAUUAAAUAUGAACAAGAACAUUUACUUAUUUCCUGUUCAAGUCAAUCAAAGUUCAGUUUGACAAAAAUAUAUUUUGAUUAAACUUUUCUUCUGAAAGUCCCUCUUAAUAGCUUAUGAAGCCCCCCGACUGUCACUCAAAUCAGUUCAAAGCACUCCCACGUAGUCCCACUGAAGGAGAUUAGCUGGUUGUUGCAUAUUUAGUGAUGAAUAUUUUAUAUUAUAGACAAAUACUGAAGAUUGAAACCAACUUUUUUUUGGAUGGAGUGUAAAAUAUUUAUAUUAUUUGGUCAAGCAAAAGAAGCAGAAGUAUACAAAUCUGACAUAUAUAGGCUUUCUUAAGGUGAAUGUGUAAACAGAUACACACACCCUUUAUCCAUCAGCUCAGAGAUUGUCCCCAACUAUCCUCUGUGGACUGAUUCUCUCAUUUGUUUGUACAUUUAAUACCUUUCCAACCCUUAAAUUCAUUCAUUUGCUAUACCUGACCCACCUGGUUUGAAAUAAAAGGAUGUGAGUCAUGAUGAGACCUGCAAGCCAAACGUUUACUUCACUGUUUAAUGGGGUUUGAGCUUUGUUCUUUUUUUUUAUUUGAUCCUUAAAGUCGGUUUGUUAAGGUGGGAAACAGUGUAGCGGGUGAGAGAAAACACAAGGCUCCCUCUGUGUUAGUUUAUUCUUAAAGAGCUUGUCUGGCUGAGGUGAACCAUAGCCUGGCUGACUGCCUCAGACUCGGUUCACAAGUGCGAUCACACACAGCUUCAGCUUGUGAUCUUCAUCUGCAGGGUGAAGAGCUGCGUUGAUCCCCCAGAAGUCCAUGGUUUGUUUGGUGUAAUAUUACGGACAACACAGUGUGGGAAAGAUUAUCUCUAAUUUACAUAAUCUCCCAUCAAACCAUAUGUUCUGUUACGUAAUUUUUCCACAAAGACUCAAACACAGAAAGAGAAACUGCAGUAUGCAUAAUUAAAAGUGCUGUAGGCCUGUAUAUAACACCCUGUGCUGCACAAACAAGAACACACUCUACCGUGAACCAAACAACUACUCCGACUUCUACUGACAGACACAAGUGGAAGCUUAAGACGGGAUUAUUUUAUGGUUAUAUGUUAAGGUUCAAAGGCUUGAGGCUCCUCUAAGCGGGCCAGAUUGGAUGACAGAUUGACUGCAGUCUGACUGUAUUCCCUGGGCUCCAUUUAUAAAAUGUAAGCCCUGUGGGGACAAGUUGUGCUUUCUGCGCUGUGGAUCAUUCAGCUGCAGCGGCGCUGUGAUUGACGAUCGGGGUCAAAGAGUCUCACUUGUCAUUGUUGGUUUUAAAAGGUGGAGAUUUGUGUGUACUAAUGUGCUCUAAGCUUCCCUUCCUACUUACAGACUUAGAAUUGAUCUUACAAAUUGAAAAUGUUUUGCUAGUGUGGUUUUAGUGUGGUUUUCAGACUCUAUUCAAAAAGCAAGAUCAAGGUUUAGAUUUUAGUCUUGUUGCUCAAUCACCUAUAAAGAAGUCUGAAUCAUUUCACUAUAUGUAAGCUGUAGAAGACGGAACAAAUCGAUCUUUUUGUCCUUUUCUUUACUUCCUCUCUUUCUAUACAUAACUGUUUCAAGUAUUUUUUUCUCCUCCUCUGACCCCAGUUGUUCCAGGCAUGUGGUCACCCCAGAGAAGGAGGAACUGGCAGAACAGGAGUCGAUGAUAGCCUGAAGAGAGGGAAAGUCACGGUGGAGGACAGGUUGGGAUCCAGCAAAAUGGACAAACUGGUGAGUGUUUACCCAAACUGAACCCAUUUCCUGCUAUUACUCUCUGUGGGUCUAGUAGAUGUUGCUUUAUGAUACAGGAACCGUUGGUCAUCGUGGGUUGUGAAACCUAAUUUUGUGUAAAUGUGUACCAUGCUCAGAGGGAUGAAUAAAUCAGACAAAUAAGUGCUGCAGUUGGUUAUUUCUCAUUAUACUGCUUUUGUCUCCCUCUGUGUCAGGUGUCUGAUGUAACUAUAAGACUGAGGGACAUGCAGCCGUACUGGGUUUCUCUCCCGAGUAUUCUCUGCAGUGACAGAGUGGCCACAGGAACAGGGGCCGAGGAAAAAUGCUGGAAUGGCAUGAGCCGUGCCAGGUAAGAAAUAUACACCUCUGCAGAAAUGUUUUUUUUUCUGAAUAACAAUUGUAGAUGAAAAAAAAGCAUUAGGGCUAACAUUAUAUGAUUUCUGUGGUUAUAUUGGUUUGUUUUCAUGAAUAUUGUUAUUAAAGCCUCACAUUAAACUUGAGUUAUGCAAGAAUAAAUUCCACUUGUACAUUAGCUUGUGGUCAUACAUGUUAAAACGCUUUAUAUUAAUACUGCUUUGUACAGUAUGUGGUGUUAAGAUGAUGCUUCAACUACCAGUUGUGUUUAUUUUUCUGUUGCUGUCUAACCAAAGUGGAGAGGAGACUUUUUUUUGCUGCGGAUAAAUCUGUUUUCUGCAUUUUUAAUGACAAAGAGCCACAGCUAGGGAUGUAUUUAACUGUUUCAAUAAAAGCAAGAUGAGAUUUUUUUUUGUUGAAAAAGAAAAAUAAUUUUAAAACUUAAUUACCAGGGACUGCUGUUACAUUUGCUCACCUCUGUGUUAAGUCCUGUAAUGAAAUCUGAAAAAAUAACAAUUUUCAAGAAACACCAGGAGGGAAAAACUGACAAUUUUUCUGUCAUCUCCAAUUGUGACCAGUUCAUCAAAAGACGAAAUUUAGCAACGAUAAGAUCAUGAAUGGUUUGAAAUCUGUUUUUCAUGUUUACCAGGUACCUUCCAGAGGUGAUAGGCGAUGGCCUCGCCAGUCAGAUCAACAACCCCGAGGUGGAAAUCGACAUCACCAAACCAGACAUGACGAUACGGCAACAGAUAAUGCAGCUGAAGAUCAUAACACACCGCCUGCAGAAUGCCCUAAACGGACAAGACGUGGACUUUCAGGACACCAGUAAGUACUUUUUCAUCCUGGUGCAGAAGUUUGUUUUAAGAAUUCACGAGAAGAAAAGCUUUUAGAGAGCGCUGAAUUAAGGAAAUAAACAACUCUGUUCUGUUUGUGCAUCCCUGCAAAAUAAGUUUGAAGUUCAGAUGGAGGUAUAAUAAACUCUGUCGACAUCAAAGUGCCUGUAGGACUAAUUGAGUUCAUGUUUUAUUCCGCACAAAUUAAAAAGGUGAUCCUGGAUUUUUAUCCUUUUCUAGAGCUACCAUAUGUACACACUGUGUUUAAUCUAGAUCUUUACGUGAAAGCUAUCAUAACAUGUUAGUUUAAAUAAUGCACAGGAAGCACCGAUUAAUGUUGGACUCACUUCAUAUUCAUCCUGUCCUCUAUCUCCAGGUGAUGAUGUCAGUGGUUCCGGCAGUGGCUCGUGCGCCGACGAAAUCUGUUCCCGAGGUCCACGCGUUCUUACUCCCAUCACUGACCAACCCAAAGUCUACCCCCUCAAACCUGGAAACAAAGGGCCGACAGGCUCGGCCAAUCAGAGCCUGCCCUGCAUCUCCAUUUACCUGCUUCCAGUGCUAAUGUUGCUGCUGCGGCGAUAAUUGAGCAGGGGGGGCUACACCAACUGGGACUGAGUUUGGGACACGUCGGGGGGAUCGGGUAGAGUCUAAAAGAGGGAGGAAGGAGAAGCUGGGGGGUUAGUUACUUUGCCAAAACUAAAUAAGUAUACUGAAAAUGACAAAAACAACAACAACAAAAAAUCAUGUGGAUGGACUUCCUUUUGGUUUGUUAGAACAAAGAGGAAUAACGAGUGUUCAUAAAUGUUUUGGUUCUGCUCUUUUCUUUUGUUUCUUGCUAUAUUGUGACACUUUUAGAGCUGGUCUUUUUGCAUCUUCUAAUGUUUUUAUUUUCUGGUGUUUGGGUUCUCUGAGAUUUUAUCUGUACCUAAGACAUGUGUAAGACUAUAUUGUUAACAGUAUGUUGGUGUUGACACCAUAGGGGGAGGGAGAAUGUGGCUUUGCAGUGGCGCUUAGAUUCAUAUGUUAUCUCACUCCUUUCAAAAAAAAGCACUUGAGUCAAGUUGAUUGAUUUGUUCAUGAAGAAGUAACAAAAGAUCCCACUCUUUUACACCGAUAGAGAAGUAAAGAAACCAAAAGCUCGUAUACGAAUUUAAAACCAAUGACUUCAGAGGAGGAUAAUCUGGCAACAUGACCCACCAGACCUCUUAAUACCGUUACACUUAAACACUUUCUCACAGCUGAGAUGAGAGCCCUCUACGUCAGCACUUUUCACCAUUUCACCAUGUAAGCUGUAAUAAUGACUGUAAUCACAUUCACACUGACAUAAUAUCCCAGUGCAGGAGUCACAUGACCCGUCCACCAGCCCAUCCGUCCAGCUAUCCAUCCCUAUAUUGCCCCCCCUUGCCGAGGCAGAUCUCUCCCUCCCUCCCUCCUACACCCCACCGACUGCGUGGGAUCAACUUGAGAGUCUGGUGUUAGCAAAACACACGCUCAGCCAGGGCCAGGUCUCAGAUGACAGCAGCUUCCCACUAUAGAGCCCUACAUGUGGCGUGGGGGGGUGUCGGUUUAAGAUUGCAGCAAACGAUUGAUGGUUCAGGAUUUUGGAAACAUGUAGCAGUAAAGAAAUGUACACAGAGGCAGGCGCAAACCCUGCUGUCACGUAGCGCUUUAAUUUCAUAUUUUUAUUUGCACAUUAGAGCAAAAUUUUAUGUGCAUUAUUGCGUGUUCUCCCUGCAAAGGCCCAGUGCUCCUGUAAUUUGCAUUGUAAUUGCAACCAGCAGUGUCAUAAUUUCUUUGUUUAAUUGCAGCAUCGAUCCGUAUCAUGGUACAAACCCACACCGUGCACGUCUUUAAGUUGUACCGCUAUUUCUGUCAGACACAAAGUGUACAUAUUUUUCUUAUCUAGAAAAAAAAAAUAGCAAUCAGAUUUUAUAACAGCCAAAUUAUUGUAUGCUUUAACUCUUCUUUCAUUCAUCAUCUGUCAUAGUGUAUCCAUAUCUGCCUUCCAUUUUUCUGCAACUUUACUGUCAGUGCCUCUUCCUUCCUCCCUAUCCCCUUCCACCUCCUCCCCUCCAUCCUUCUCUCCUCCUCUCAUCAGUUAUAAUGACCUUUAAAGCGUUUCUCCCACUUCUACAUGAUGGCGAGGCAAUAUGACAAUGACACAGUGCUUCAUUACGUGUCAACCUUACUGGGAGAUGUUUGUGGGAAACACGGUGUGAGGCUUUUCCUGAUGAGAAAGCUUGCAGUGGGGAAGGAAACGCGUACCACAUUUUUUAAUUCAAAGAAAUGUCAAAGCUCUCAUUUGAGAACGCAGCGUGCAAGAUGAUGGGACAGUGUUUGAGAGUGUUUGCGUAUGCCUGCGAAUGUGUUUCUUUGAUUGGUAUAGAGAACGAGGAAAGGACAACAGAGCCUUUUAUAAAUCUUGUUUUGGAUGGCAGAAAUGAAAUGUAUUGAAAUCUACUGGACUGACAUCAUAUGAGCGACUGACAGCAGCAGGAGGAGAUUAGCAUAGCUCGAUUUAAAAAAUGGGAUUUUCUCUUCUAUUGUGAUAAUUCCUUGUUUGUGUUGUGUGUGACGCAUAAAUUUAACCUGGAGGACAGGAGUGGACACUGUUUUUUUUUUUAUUUUUGGUAUACAUCAUCGCUUCAGUUGCACGCUAGGACAAUCCACUCUAAUCCGUCUGAUAACAGUUUUUUAAUACAGCAGAUCCAAUUAAACAGUUUAGGGGAUCUGUCGAAGUUUCAGAAGCACAUCUGUUACAAACUCAAUGAACCACUGCUCUGAAGAUGGGUGAAGUUGUUGUCAAAUGUGUUACCUGACAGGAUUUUCUUUUCUUGUUUUUGACCUGCUUUAUUAAUGGAUGCCGUGUGUAUGUGUCUACGUGCCUGUGUCUGUCUUCCCUGGUAACAAAUUCUGCCUGUGACUGCCUUUGACACUUUGUCCAGAAGUUAGGGUCAAUUUUGAGAUUUAAUAAAAUAUCAGAUAUUAGAGAAUGAGAUAUUAGAUUUCCCAACGGGGCGAAAAAAUUUGAGCAUUUCGAGCAAAGAACAAUUAGCAAGAGCUCCAAGGGGGGGUCUUCUUUUUUUGUGUGACCCUCCUGAAAUGUCUGAAUGUGAAAGUGCACAUGACGUCCUAUAAGGGAUGAGAAGUGGCUCCAACUGUGAUGGUGACAUUCCAAUUCAAAGACGACUCCUAACACCCAACUUCAGUUUCAAUGACUGCCUCACAAUGUCAUCGGCUGAAAUUUGCACAACCCCUCCACCUCCCCCAACCCCACCCCCCUUUUUCUCUCUCUCAUCCUUCACCUUUUGAUCUCAUUAAUUUGAUGCUCACCCCUCCCCCUCCUUUUUAUAAAACCUGCACUUUUAUGAGGCCAAUAAAUGGCAUUGUCUGCACAAAGACAUCACAAGAUGGUCGAUCGAUAACGCGAGUCAACACCCUCUAGAAACGACUAUUGAUUGGAGAUGUGUGUAUGCAGAUAGAUAUGGCCCAGCAAGACGUCUCCUAUUCAACUUUGGUCAAACAGUGUAAACACAAAGCUGGUGUGUGUGUGAGACGAAGAGGCGGCAGGAGAGAGGUCUGUCCAGAGUGCUGAUCUAGAGUCAGUGUGCGCGUCUCAACCCUGCCCUUCUUCAUCAGGUGGCAAAAAUGCAACUAAAGACCACUUCACUUUACACCAGGUUGAAUACGGGAGGAAUUUCUUAAAGGUGCCAACCUAUGAGGAAAAAAGUAUUUUGAAAUUUUUUUAUUUUUCUUUUGGUUUUGUUGUAAACAGAAAUCUAUGGAGAGUUUGUGCUUAUGGUGAAGAAAGAUGCCAGAAAGAGGUUGGAAAAUACAAAUGUCUCAUUUGCUGUUGUACCUGAAAUCUUGUGUCAAUUAUAUACAUUGUAAGAUUUUCAACA